UCGUACCACAGCAUGUUUAAAAUCCGUAGGUACUGUACCGGAUGAGAGGCUACAAUUUACAAUAUUAAGGACACUUGGUCCAAUAGUAGCAAGAACCUCUUUAAACAAGCGAGGUGGGAUGGCAUCAGCAGGGGAGCCAGAAGGCUUCAUAUGGCCGACUAUGUCCUUUAAAAUAGAGAGGGACACAGACUCAAAUUUAGAGAAGACAGAUGAGGGGUGCAGAGGGGCUGAAGGGUCAUACGAUGGCUGAGAGAUACAGGCUCUGGUUGACAUAAUUUUAUCAGUGAAGAAGUGGAGGAAUUUUUCACAGAUUUCAGUGGAGGCAUCAAAACCAAGAGACUUGGGAGCCUCAAGGACAGUGUUUAUGGUUUUGAACAGAGCUCUGGGGUUGUUACAGUUAAAAGCAAUCAAUUCAGAGAAAUAUUUAUUCUUCUCAGCUUUCACAAUCCUCUGAUAAUUCCUCAGACUAUCUUUAAGGAUGCCAAGAGACACGUGCAGACUGUCCUUUUUCCACCUGCGCUCCGCCCUCCUGCACUCACGCCUGGCUGCACGAGUGACGUCGUUCAACCAGGGCUCGGGUGUAGGUUUGGUGCGCCGGGUCUUCAGAGGAGCGAUCGUGUCCAGUGUUUGUAUACAGGUGGAGUGAAAUCUCAGUACCAGUUCCUCAGUAUCCACACACACAGGGGCUGCAGAGUCAUCCUCGCAGAGACCAACGAAGGUAGAUGAGAACAGAGCAGGCGAGGAGGAGUUAAACAUGCGACGCGGUUUAGGUGGAGCGCACAAUUUAACCGGACACUGAGUGGGGAUGUCAAAUAAAAUCGGCAUAUGAUCCGAGAGAACAGCGUCACAAAUGACAAGGUUAGACACACACAGACCAUGCGAGAGCACCAAGUCUAGUGUGUGCCCGAGAUUAUGUGUAGAACCGGACACAGACUGCACGAAGUUAAAAGAGUCAAUGAGAUUUAAAAAGCUCCUGGAGACCGGCUCUUCAGGGCAACAAGUGUGGAUAUUAAAAUCACCAACAAUAAGGACACGGUCGUAUUUCGGCAGAAUUUCGGCCAGAAAUUCAGAAAAGUCACUUAUAAAAUCCUUAUUGUACUUGGGUGGUCGAUAGAUGACGGCGCACAGGACAACAUGAGAGCAGCCCAGUUCAAACAAGCACAUUUCGAAACUUGUGAAUGAGAAAUGCAGGCUGAUCUGCCGGCAUUUAAAGUCGCUUUUAAAAAUAACUGCUAUUCCACCUCCUUUUCGACCAGACGACCGCGGGAAAUUAAAAUAGCAGCAAUCCGGCGGGCAGAGUUCAAUAAGAGGACUGGACUCACCGGUACUCAGCCAUGUCUCCGUCACACAGAGAAAAUCCAAUCCACGGGACAUGAAGAAAUCCUUCAGGAUAAAAGUUUUGUUUGCCAGUGAUCUGGCAUUGACUAGGCCGAACCUGGCAGAGAUCGGCACAUCCGAGGCAUCAGCUGAUCGUGGAGCCCGACACAGGGCCCGUAGAUGGCGAGGAUUCACCCCACGCCGGCGGGGACGAGGAGAGCAGGGGCCGCGGGGACGGACCAUCCCAUCCGAACCGACGACCGGUACCAGCCAGGAGUCGACAGGGUGCAGCGAUCGCAGAUGAGGAAAGAGACCAGAUCCCACUCCAUUUCUCCUCAGGGAAACCACGGAAGAUCGAGCCAAGAGAGAUUUAACUUUCACCAGCCGGCCGCUGCGUUUGCCACGGCGGCGCCGGCGUUUACGCCGUGGAAAUGGAGCGAAAGUGCAGCGAAGGUGAGCAGGUAUACCGGAGGGGUGAAACGGCUUAAACGUCGUGUAACCACAGUGAUCAUGAUCUACUUUCACCAAAUCCUUGGCAGAGGGGCGAAGAUCCAGCAGUGUUUGGUGGUCAUACACAUACAGUGAGCUUACUUUACUGAUAACGAAAGACACAAACAGCACAAACAGGAACAGCGCUGACAGCGAGAGACGGCAGGCCACACACACCGGCGCCAUCUUGGCCAUUGAAAUCAACACUCCCCUCAGGGUACUGUACACAUGCACCAACUGCCUGCUUCAGGUUUGGAUGGAGCUUCAUGGUUGUCCGUGGGGUGCAGCGUCAUGAUUUGUACAACUUUGAAUGGCCAUGGCGUGUAGAUUGGCCUGAGUAAAUUUGGUGUCAGUGGGACGAAAGGCCAGUGAGGACAAAAAUAAAAAGUUAUAAGACUUCAAAAAAUGUGGAUAUUUGGGUCAUCUUUGGCGCCCCCUAGAACAUAAACCGUGGGUGCAGCGUCAUGAUUUGUACAACUUUAAAUGGCCAUGGGGUGUAGAUGUGCCUGAGCAAAUUUGAUGCUGGUGGGACGAAAGCUCUAGGAGGAGUUAGCCACAUUCCAAUGUGUGCGAUUCACUUUUAGCAAGAGAGCGAUGUGUUUGAGCCAUUGAGCAAUGGGCAGGAAAAACUUGACUUUUUCUCCUGCCAUGGGGGAGUGCUCUUUUAGGGAGAAAGAAUUCCUUCACAAAUGUGUUGAUGGCUGAACAUUGUAUCAUCCUAGAAAACUUGGAAGCCAGUGUGGACAAAACUAAAAAGUUAUAAAACUUUUAAAAAUGUGGAUAUUUGGGUCAUCUUUGGCGCCCCCUAGAACCUAAACCGUGGGGUGCAGCGUCAUGAUUUGAAUAACUUUUAAUGGCCAUGGGGUGUAGAUUGGCCUGAGCAAAUGUGGUGCCGGUGGAACGAAAGCCUUAGGAGGAGAUAGCCACAUUCCAAUGUAUGCGGAUCGGCAAAAAAUGCGGAAUAACCCUUUAACCGUACAUUUGACAGAUACACGCGCAUUGACUUUUUCGUAGAUCUUAUUGAGAUACAUGUGUGUGUCAAUUUUUGUGUCAUUUUGACAAAGCGUACAGGCGUGAAUCUCAACAAUAUGUAUUUUCACCUUAGGGGACAAGAAAAAAUGGACUUUUUUCUCCUGCCAUGGGGGGGGGGCGCUCUUUUGGGGAGUAAAAAUUCCUUCACAAAUGUGUUGAUGGCUGGACAUUGCAUCAUCCUAGAAAACUUGGAGGCCAGUGAGGACAAAAAUAAAAAGUUAUAAGACUUUUAAAUAUGUGGAUUUUAUGGUUAUCUUUGGCGCCCCCUUGAACCUAAACCGUGGGGUGCAGCGUCAUGAUUUGAAUAACUUUUAAUGGUCAUGGGGUGUAGAUUGGCCUGAGCAAAUGUUGUGCCGGUGGAACGAAAGCCUUCGGAGGAGUUAGCGAAAUUCCAAUGUGUGCGGAUCGGCAUAAAAUGCGAAAUAACCCUUUAACCGUAAAUUUGACAGAUACGCCCACACUGACUUUUUUGUAGAUCUUAUUGAGAUACAUGUGUGUGUCAAUUUUUGUGUCAAUAUGACAAAGCGUACAGCCGUCAUGUGAAUUUUCACCUUAGGGGGCGCUAUGGAGCCAUUUUGCAUUUUAUUGUUUGGGCGACUUCAGAAUAUCGAAUUUUUCACCAGGCCCGGUCGUCCUGCCAAAUUUCCUGAGUUUUCGCCAGUGGGAAGUGGGCCAUUUUCCAGUUUAAAGCGGAGGAAAAAUAAUAACAAACUAGGGCCCCGGUGGGGCACUGUCGGGCCCGAGCCGCAUCGCGCCGCCCCCAGCGCGACCGCCUCCCCCUCCCGAUCGCAUCACACUCAAGGUCCAAAGAUGGUGUGCGCACUUGUCUGUGGUCAUUUCCCAUUAUAAUGAAUGGGAGGCGCAGUUUCUACCAAAACGGUCGCUGCAGACAAACUACAUGUCCUAUUUGAAAAAAGUCUGGACCAUGAGUGAGGGCACAAACACAGCUAGGAUAUAUCCAAAUGGCAAGUUGCUCCUCCUUACGGUGUUGCCAGGAGAGCGAUGCGAUUGAGCCAUUGAGUGAUGGGCAGGGUUAACUGGACUUUUUCUCCUGCCUUGGGGGGGAGGGGGGGGGAUGUGGAUUCUUUUAAGAAUAUGGAUAUUUGGGUCAUCUUUGGCGCCCCCUAGAACGUGAGCCGUGGGGUGCAGCGUCAUGAUUUUUACAACUUUGAAUGGCAUGGGGUGUAGAUUGGCCUGAGCAAAUUUGGUGUCAGUGGGACGAAAGCCUUAGGAGGAGUUAGCCACAUUCCAAUGUGUGCGAAUCGGCAAAAAAUGCGAAAUAGCCCUUUAACCGUAAAUUUGACAGAUACUUGCCCAUUGACUUUUUCGUAGAUCUUAUUGAGAUACACGUGAUUGUCAAAUUUUGUGUCAAUAUGACAAAGCGUAUAGGCGUGAAUCUCAACAAUAUGUAUUUUCACCUUAGGGGACAAGAAAAAAUUGACUUUUUUCUCCUGCCAUGGGGGGGCGCUCUUUUGGGGAGUAAAAAUUCCUUCACAAAUGUGUUGAUGGCUGGACAUUGCAUCAUCCUAGAAAACCUGGAGGCCAGUGAGGACAAAAAUAAGAAGUUAUAAGACUUUUAAAUAUGUGGAUUUUAGGGUUAUCUUUGGCGCCCCCUAGAACGUAAACCGUGGGGUGCAGCGUCAUGAUUUGAAUAACUUUUAAUGGCCAUGGGGUGUAAUUUGGCAUGAGCAAAUGUGGUGCCGGUGGAACGAAAGCCUUCGGAGGAGUUAGCGAAAUUCCAAUGUGUGCGAAUCGGCAAAAAAUGCGGAAUAACCCUUUAACCGUACAUUUGACAGAUACGCGCGCAUAGACUUUUUUGUAGAUCUUAUUGAGAUACAUGUGUGAUUGUCAAAUUUUGGGUCAAUAUGACAAAGCGUAUAGGCGUGACACUCAACAAUGUGUAUUUUCACCUUAGGGGACAAGAAAAAAUGGACUUUUUUCUCCUGCCAUGGGGGGGCGCUCUUUUGGGGAGUAAAAAUUCCUUCACAAAUGUGUUGAUGGCUGGACAUUGCAUCAUCCUAGAAAACGUGGAGGCCAGUGAGGGCAAAAAUAAAAAGUUAUAAGACUUUUAAAUAUGUGGAUUUUAGGGUUAUCUUUGGCGCCCCCUAGAACCUAAACCGUGGGGUGCAGCGUCAUGAUUUGAAUAACUUUGAAUGGCCAUGGGGUGUAGAUUGGCCUGAGCAAAUGUGGUGCCGGUGGAACGAAAGCCUUCGGAGGAGUUAGCGAAAUUCCAAUGUGUGCGGAUCGGCAAAAAAUGCACAAUAACCCUUUAACCGUACAUUUGACAGAUACGCCUGCACUGACUUUUUUGUAGAUCUUAUUGAGAUACAUGUGUGUGUCGAUUUUUGUGUCAUUUUGACAAAGCGUACAGCCGUCAUGUGAAUUUUCACCUUAGGGGGCGCUAUGGAGCCAUUUUGCAUUUUAUUGUUUGGGCGACUUCAGAAUAUCGAAUUUUUCACCAGGCCCGGUCGUCCUGCCAAAUUUCCUGAGUUUUCGCCAGUGGGAAGUGGGCCAUUUUCCAGUUUAAAGGGGAGGAAAAAUAACUAGGGCCCUGGUGGGGCACUGUCGGGCCCGAGCCGCGUUGUGCCGCCCCCAGCGUGACCGCCUCCCCCUCCCGAUCGCGUCACACUCAAGGUCCAAAGAUGGUGUGCGCACUUGUCUGUGGUCAUUUCCCAUUAUAAUGAAUGGGAGGCGCAGUUUCUACCGAAACACUCGCUGCAGACAAACUUCAUGUCCUAUUUGAAAAAAGUCUGGACCAUGAGUGAGGGCACAAACACAGCUGGGAUAUAUCCAAAUGGCAGGUUGCUCCUGGAUACGGUGUUGCCUGGAGAGCGAUGCGAUUGAGCCAUUGAGCGAUGGGCAGGAAAAACUUGACUUUUUCUCCUGCCAUGGGGGGGGGGAGAAUGUGGAUUCUUUUAAGAAUGUGGAUUUUUUGGUCAUCUUUGGCGCCCCCUAGAACGUAAACCGUGGGGUGCAGCGUCAUGAUUUUUACAACUUUGAAUGGCCAUCGGGUGUAGAUUGGCCUGAGCAAAUUUAGUUUCAGUGGGACGAAAGCCUUAGGAGGAGUUAGCCACAUUCCAAUGUGUGCGAAUCGGCAAAAAAUGCAAAAUAGCCCUCUAACCGUACAUUUGACAGAUACGCACCCAUUGACUUUUUCGUAGAUCUUAUUGAGAUACACGUGACUGUCAAAUUUUGUGUCAAUAUGACAAAGCGUACAGGUGUCACACUCAACAAUGUGAAUUUUCACCUUACGGGACAAGAAAAAAUUGACUUUUUUCUCCUGCCAUGGGGGGGCGCUCUUUUAGGGAGUAAAAAUUCCUUCACAAAUGUGUUGAUGGCUGGACAUUGCAUCAUCCUAGAAAACUUGGAGGCCAGUAAGGACAAAAAGAAAAAGUUAUAAGACUUUGAAAUAUGUGGAUUUUAGGGUUAUCUUUGGCGCCCCCUAGAACCUAAACCGUGGGGUGCAGCGUCAUGAUUUGAAUAACUUUUAAUGGCCAUGGGGUGUAGAUUGGCCUGAGCAAAUGUGGUGCCGGUGGAACGCCAGCCUUAGGAGGAGUUAGCGAAAUUCCAAUGUGUGCGGAUCAGCAAAAAAUGCAGAAUAACCCUUUAACCGUACAUUUGACAGAUACGCGCGUGUUGACUUUUUCGUAGAUCUUAUUGAGAUACAUGUGUGUGUCAAAUUUUGUGUCAAUAUGACAAAGCGUACAGGCGUGACACUCAACAAUGUGUAUUUUCACCUUAGGGGACAAGAAAAAAUGGACUUUUUUCUCCGGCCAUGGGGGGGCGCUCUUUUGGGGAGUAAAAAUUCCUUCACAAAUGUGUUGAUGGCUGGACAUUGCAUCAUCCUAGAAAACUUGGAGGCCAGUGAGGGCAAAAAUAAAAAGUUAUAAGACUUUUAAAUAUGUGGAUUUUAGGGUUAUCUUUGGCGCCCCCUAGAACCUAAACCGUGGGGUGCAGCGUCAUGAUUUGAAUAACUUUUAAUGGCCAUGGGGUGUAGAUUGGCCUGAGCAAAUGUGGUGCCGGUGGAAAGAAAGCCUUCGGAGGAGUUAGCGAAAUUCCAAUGUGUGCGGAUCUGCAAAAAAUGCGAAAUAACCCUUUAACCGUACAUUUGACAGAUACGCCCGCACUGACUUUUUUGUAGAUCUUAUUGAGAUACAUAUGUGUGUCAAUUUUUGUGUCAUUUUGACAAAGCGUAAAGGCGUGACAGUCAAUAGUGUGAAUUUUCACCUUAGGGGGCGCUAUGGAGCCAUUUUGCAUUUUCUUGUUUGGGCGACUUCGGAAUAUCAAAUUUUUCACCAGGCCCGGUCAUCCUGCCAAAUUUCAUGAGUUUUCGCCAGUGGGAAGUGGGCCAUUUUCCAGUUCAAAGGGGAGGAAAAAGAAGAAACUAGGGCCCCGUUGGGGCACUGGCGGGCCCGAGCCGUGUCGCACCCCCCCCCCCCCCAACGCGCUGCCUCCCCGUCCCAUUCGUGUCCUCUGGCCAUCGCCCUCUCUGGUAACGCCCAUCACUGCAAAGACCCUUUUCCUUCAUCGGCGUUUGCUGUUCUUCCUGCCAGUGCGUGUUGCUUUCACUUACACUUGCCACAGCCAGCCUCGUGAGUGCCUAGCCUAUUGGAUAUCACUGUCACCUACACAGGACAGUCAUACUUUGUUUUUUAAUUUCACAUUAAUUUCCAUAUUGUAUAAACGACUGGAAAAAACUUGAGCCCCUGCCCCUGUAUUAUCAUGUGCACGUCCCUGUUCUAGCUCCAAGGUGAAUCUUCAGUGCUCAUGUUCUCCUCAGAAGCAGUCACCUCACUCCCCUCAGGUUACUGUACACAUGCACCAACUGCCUGCUUCAGGUUUGGAUGGAGCUUCAUGGUUGUCUUUUGGAGAAAUGACCAGUCAAGUUGUGUUUGAAAUCUGAUUUUUUUCAGGGGCAAAAGGAAGCCUCCGCAUUCUUGUCAAAUAUGUAAAUAGCAUGUUUUUUUGCAGGUGCUAAAAAACAGACUCUGAGUGUGUGUGUGUGUGUGUGUGUGUGUGUGUGCGUGUGUGUGUGUGUGUGUCUGUGUGUGUGUGUGUGUGUGUGUGUGUGUAUCCUGCAGUACUCUGAGAAGAAUAAUAAGCAUAUUUCUGAGGUGAAUUUUGAAGAUUCAUCUGAGAGUUAGGUUUGAUUCGAUUCGAUUGACGCUCCCCAGCGUUCAAGUCACAUGACAUAUUUAACCGGAUGUAGCUGCAAGACGGAGCCUCGUUAACUCUCCGUUUCAACUUAUCUCAAAAGUGAGGACCUCAACCUAUAUACCAGUUUUUAAAUUGUGUUGAUAGGCCAAAUAAAACCAGAGAUAUGAUAAAUUAUGUCCGCGAUACUUUUUUUCUGCUUAUUUUGAUCACGUUCGGCGCUCGAUCGUGCUGUAUGAGACAGGAAAACAUAGCAUGCAGACAUUAGCGACAGGUCUUACAGGCGGAAAAGGCUUGCCAAAAGAAAAAAAAAACACACCACAACAUCUCUCCUAUUGGUGGAAAACUUCACCACAACAACCAAUCCAACAUUAUAUGGUGACUGAAUGACAAGGGGCGGGCGCUUACGUUCUUCCUGCGACAUGAGAAGGGAGGGAGGGACUCUCAGCAGGGAUGCAGUCUGGGACACGUAGUUGCAAACCUAGCGACUUUGUUGUUAGAUUCAAUGACUUUUCAGACCCCCUAACGACUUUUUUUUAGAAAGAAAGGGACUUUUAUCGACUUCUUCUGGAGUUUAGAGACUCUGACAUGAAGCAGGCUUUCCUUACUGAGGAGUUAGCAACGCUGCUAAGGGUGCAGAGCCACACAUGCGCUCAGAGCUCUGCAUGGGAGACUGAAGCUGACAGAGCUGCAGCAGUUAGCAGGUUUCACCCUCAGAGACCACCAGGGGUUCAUGUUGAGGCAUUUUAAAUUUUUUUUUUUUGUGCCAUAGACACUGUCAGCACAAUCUGCAGUUACACUAACAAAAAUGCUGCAAAAAACAAAGAAUUAUGGAAAAAUUACACAUGGACUGACAUAGAGGAGGAUCUACACAAGUUUUUUACAUCAUGUUUUACAUCAUGCAUCAUUUACAUCAUGUUUUUUUGUAGUGGCAUAAAUAAAAAGUGACAUUUGUGAGACUAUACAGUGUUUUGUAAAUAAUUUUACAAAGAACGCCUGGGCCAUUGCCUGCAUUUUGAUGUAAAUAGAGGUAAAUUACUAUGUUCUUUGUUAAAAAUUUGCAUAUGUUUUGAAGUUUACAAUUUUUAUUUGAAGUUUAAGUUUUAAAAACAGUUCAUCACACAUAUUUGUGGUUUAAUUUCACAUUAAUUUCCAUAUUGUAUAAAUGACUGGAAAAAACUUGAGCCCCUGCCCCUGUAUAAUCAUGUGCACGUCCCUGUUCUAGCUCCAAGGUGAAUCUUCACUGCUCAUGUUCUCCUCAGAAAUAGUCACCUCACUCCCCUCAGGUUACUGAACACAUGCACCAACUAUCUGCUUCAGGUUUGGAUGGAGCUUCAUGGUUGUCUUUUGGAGAAAUGACCAGUCAAGUUGUGUUUGAAAUCUGAUUUUUUUCAGGGGCAAAAGGAAGCCUCUGCAUUCUUGUCAAAUAUGUAAACAGCAUGUUUUUGCAGGUGCUAAAAAACAGACUCUGAGUGUGUGUGUGCGUGUGUGUGUGUGUGUGUGUGUGUGUGUGUAUAUGUGUGUGUAUCCUGCAGUACUCUGUACUCCUGCAGUGGCCAAAAAGACUUUUAAGAAUGUGGAUUUUUGGGUCAUCUUUGGCGCCCCCUAGAACUGCAGUACUCUGUACUCCUGCAGUGGCCAAAAUGACUUUUAAGAAUGUGGAUUUUUGGGUCAUCUUUGGCGUCCCCUAGAACGUAAACCGUGGGGUGCAGCGUCAUGAUUUUUACAACUUUGAAUGGGCAUGGGGUGUAGAUUGCCCUGAGCAAAUUUGGUAUCGGUGGGACGAAAGCCUUAGGAGGAGAUAGCCACAUUCCAAUGUGUGCGAAUCGGCAAAAAAUGCGAAAUAGCCCUUUAACCGUACAUUAUACAGAUACGCGCUUUUUGACUUUUUCGUAGAUCUAAUUGAGAUACACAUGAUUGUCAAUUUUUGUGUCAAUAUGACAAAGCGUUCAGGCGUGACACUCAACAAUGUGUAUUUUCAUGUAAGGGGACAAGAAAAAAUUGACUUUUUUCUCCUGCCAUGGGGGGCGCUCUUUUGGGGAGUAAAAAUUCCUUCACAAAUGUGUUGAUGGCUGGACAUUGCAUCAUCCUAGAAAACUUGGAGGGCAGUGAGGACAAAAAUAAAAAGUUAUAAGACUUUUAAGAAUGUGGAUUUUGGGUUAUCUUUGGCGCCCCCUAGAACGUAAACCGUGGGGUGCAGCGUCAUGAUUUGUACAACUUUUAAUGGCCAUGGGGGGUAGAUUGGCCUGCACAAAUGUGGUGCCGGUCGAACGAAAGCCUUCGGAGGAGUUAGCGAAAUUCCAAUGUGUGCAGAUCUGCAAAAAAUGCAAAAUAACCCAUUAACCGUACAUUUGACAGAUACGCCCGCACUGACUUUUUUGUAGAUCUUAUUGAGAUACAUGUGUGUGUCAAUUUUUGUGUCAAUAUGACAAAGCGUACAGCCGUCAUGUGAAUUUUCACCUUAGGGGGCGCUAUGGAGCCAUUUUGCAUUUUAUUGUUUGGGCGACUUCAGAAUAUCGAAUUUUUCACCAGGCCCGGUCGUCCUGCCAAAUUUCCUGAGUUUUCGCCAGUGGGAAGUGGGCCAUUUUCCAGUUUAAAGCGGAGGAAAAAUAAUAACGAAAGAAGGAAACAUGCAGGAACAAGAGGGCUCUCGCAGCUGCUUAGCAGCUACGCUCGGGCCCUAACUAGGACCCCGUUGGGGCACUGGCGGGCCCGAGCCGUGUCGCGUCCCCCCCCCCCCCCCCCCCCAACGUGCUGCCUCCCCGUCCCAUUUGUGUCCUCUGGCCAUCGCCCUCUCUGGUAACGCCCAUCACUGCAAAGACCCUUUUCCUUCAUCGGCGUUUGCUGUUCUUCCUGCCAGUGCGUGUUGCUUUCACUUACACUUGCCACAGCCAGCCUCGUGAGUGCCUAGCCUAUUGGAUAUCACUGUCACCUACACAGGACAGUCAUUACCUUUCUAUUAAUACUUUGUGUUUUAAUUUCACAUUAAUUUCCAUAUUGUAUAAACGACUGGAAAAAACUUGAGCCCCUGCCCCUGUAUAAUCAUGUGCAUGUCUCUGUUCUAGCUCCAAGGUGAAUCUUCACUGCUCAUGUUCUCCUCAGAAGCACUCACCUCACUCCCCUCAGGUUACUGUACACAUGCACCAACUGCCUGCUUCAGGUUUGGAUGGAGCUUCAUGGUUGUCUUUUGGAGAAAUGACCAGUCAAGUUGUGUUUGAAAUUUGAUUUUUUUCAGGGGCAAAAGGAGCCUCUGCAUUCUUGUCAAAUAUGUAAACAGCAUGUUUUUGCAGGUGCUAAAAACCAGUGUGUGUGUGUGUGUGUGUGUGUGUGUGUGUGUGUGUGUGUGUGUGUGUGUGUGUCUGUGUGUGCGUUCAAGUCACAUGACAUAUUUAACCGGAUGUAGCUGCAAGACGGAGCCUUGUUGACUCUCCGUUUCAACUUAUCUCAAAAGUGAGGACCUCAACCUAUAUACCAGUUUUUAAAUUGUGUUGAUAGGCCAAAUAAAACCAGAGUUAUGAUAAAUUAUGUCCGCGAUACUUUUUUUCUGCUUAUUUUGAUCACGUUCGGCGCUCGAUCGCGCUGUAUGAGACAGGAAAACAUAGCAUGCAGACAUUAGCGACAGGUCUUACAGGCGGAAAAGGCUUGCCAAAAGAAAAAAAAAACACACCACAACAUCUCUCCUAUUGGUGGAAAACUUCACCACAACAACCAAUCCAAAAUUAUAUGGUGACUGAUUGACAAGGGGCGGGCGCUUACGUUCUUCCUGCAACAUGAGAAGGGAGGGAGGGACUCUCAGCAGGGAUGCAGUCUGGGACACGUAGUUGCAAACCUAGCGACUUUGUUGUUAGAUUCAAUGACUUUUCAGACCCCCUAACGACUUUUUUUUAGAAAGAAAGGGACUUUUAUCGACUUCUUCUGGAGUUUAGAGACUCUGACAUGAAGCAGGCUUUCCUUACUGAGGAGUUAGCAACGCUGCUAAGGGUGCAGAGCCACACAUGCGCUCAGAGCUCUGCAUGGGAGACUGAAGCUGACAGAGCUGCAGCAGUUAGCAGGUUUCACCCUCAGAGACCACCAGGGGUUCAUGUUGAGGCAUUUUAAUUUUUUUUUUUUGUGCCAUAGACACUGUCAGCACAAUCUGCAGUUACACUAACAAAAAUGCUGCAAAAAACAAAGAAUUAUGGAAAAAUUACACAUGGACUGACAUAGAGGAGGAUCUACACAAGUUUUUUACAUCAUGUUUUACAUCAUGCAUCAUUUACAUCAUGUUUUUUUGUAGUGGCAUAAAUAAAAAGUGACAUUUGUGAGACUAUACAGUGUUUUGUAAAUAAUUUUACAAAGAACGCCUGGGCCAUUGCCUGCAUUUUGAUGUAAAUAGAGGUAAAUUACUAUGUUCUUUGUUAAAAAUUUGCAUAUGUUUUGAAGUUUACAAUUUUUAUUUGAAGUUUAAGUUUUAAAAACAGUUCAUCACACAUAUUUGUGGUUUAAUUUCACAUUAAUUUCCAUAUUGUAUAAAUGACUGGAAAAAACUUGAGCCCCUGCCCCUGUAUAAUCAUGUGCACGUCCCUGUUCUAGCUCCAAGGUGAAUCUUCACUGCUCAUGUUCUCCUCAGAAAUAGUCACCUCACUCCCCUCAGGUUACUGUACACAUGCACCAACUAUCUGCUUCAGGUUUGAAAUGGAGCUUCAUGGUUGUCUUUUGGAGAAAUGAACAGUCAAGUUGUGUUUGAAAUUUGAUUUUUUUCAGGGGCAAAAGGAAGUCUCUGCAUUCUUGUCAAAUAUGUAAACAGCAUGUUUUUGCAGGUGCUAAAAAACAGACUCUGAGUGUGUGUGUGUGUGUGUGUGUCUGUGUGUGUGUGUGUGUGUGUGUGUGUGUGUGUGUGUGUGUGUGUGUGUGUGUGUGUGUAUGUUGGCGUGUGUGUAUAUGUGUGUGUAUCCUGCAGUACUCUGUACUCCUGCAGUGGCCAAAAAGACUUUUAAGAAUGUGGAUUUUUGGGUCAUCUUUGGCGCCCCCUAGAACUGCAGUACUCUGUACUCCUGCAGUGGCCAAAAUGACUUUUAAGAAUGUGGAUUUUUGGGUCAUCUUUGGCGCCCCCUAGAACGUAAACCGUGGGGUGCAGCGUCAUGAUUUUUACAACUUUGAAUGGGCAUGGGGUGUAGAUUGCCCUGAGCAAAUUUGGUAUCGGUGGGACGAAAGCCUUAGGAGGAGAUAGCCACAUUCCAAUGUGUGCGAAUCGGCAAAAAAUGCAAAAUAGCCCUUUAACCGUACAUUAUACAGAUACGCGCUCUUUGACUUUUUCGUAGAUCUAAUUGAGAUACACAUGAUUGUCAAUUUUUGUGUCAAUAUGACAAAGCGUUCAGGCGUGACACUCAACAAUGUGUAUUUUCAUGUAAGGGGACAAGAAAAAAUUGACUUUUUUCUCCUAUUAUGGGGGGGCGCUCUCUUGGGGAGUAAAAAUUCCUUCACAAAUGUGUUGAUGGCUGGACAUUGCAUCAUCCUAGAAAACUUGGAGGCCAGUGAGGACAAAAAUAAAAAGUUAUAAGACUUUUAAAUAUGUGGAUUUUAGUGUUAUCUUUGGCGCCCCCUAGAACCUAAACCUUGGGGUGCAGCGUCAUGAUUUUGAUAACUUUUAAUGGCCACCGGGUGUAGAUUGGCCUGAGCAAAUGUGGUGCCGGUGGAACGAAAGCCUUCGGAGGAGUUAGCGAAAUUCCAAUGUGUGCGGAUCGGCAAAAAAUGCGAAAUAACCCUUUAACCGUAAUUUUGAAAGUUACGGCCGCACUGACUUUUUUGUAGAACUUAUUGAGAUACAUAUGUGUGUCAAUUUUUGUGUCAAUAUGACAAAGCGUACAGGCGUGACAGUCAAUAGUGUGAAUUUCCACCUUAGGGGGCGCUAUGGAGCCAUUUUGCAUUUUAUUGUUUGGGCGACUUCAGAAUAUCGAAUUUUUCACCAGGCCCGGUCGUCCUGCCAAAUUUCAUGAGUUUUCGCCAGUGGGAAGUGGGCCAUUUUCCAGUUCAAAGGGGAGGAAAAAGAAGAAAGAAAGAAAGAACUAGGGACCCCGUUGGGGCACUGGCGGGCCCGAGCCGUGUCGCGUCCCCCCCAACGUGCUGCCUCCCCGUCCCAUUUGUGUCCUCUGGCCAUCGCCCUCUCUGGUAACGCCCAUCACUGCAAAGACCCUUUUCCUUCAUCGGCGUUUGCUGUUCUUCCUGCCAGUGCGUGUUGCUUUCACUUACACUUGCCACAGCCAGCCUCGUGAGUGCCUAGCCUAUUCGAUAUCACUGUCACCUACACAGGACAGUCAUUACCUUUCUAUUAAUACUUUGUGUUUUAAUUUCACAUUAAUUUCCAUAUUGUAUAAACGACUGGAAAAAACUUGAGCCCCUGCCCCUGUAUAAUCAUGUGCAUGUCUCUGUUCUAGCUCCAAGGUGAAUCUUCACUGCUCAUGUUCUCCUCAGAAGCACUCACCUCACUCCCCUCAGGUUACUGUACACAUGCACCAACUGCCUGCUUCAGGUUUGGAUGGAGCUUCAUGGUUGUCUUUUGGAGAAAUGACCAGUCAAGUUGUGUUUGAAAUUUGAUUUUUUUUCAGGGGCAAAAGGAAGCCUCUGCAUUCUUGUCAAAUAUGUAAACAGCAUGUUUUUGCAGGUGCUAAAAAACAGACUCUGAGUGUGUGUGUGUGUCUGUGUGUGUGUGUGUGUGUGUGUGUGUGUGUGUGUGUGUGUGUGUGUAUGUUGGCGUGUGUGUAUAUGUGUGUGUAUCCUGCAGUACUCUGUACUCCUGCAGUGGCCAAAAAGACUUUUAAGAAUGUGGAUUUUUGGGUCAUCUUUGGCGCCCCCUAGAACUGCAGUACUCUGUACUCCUGCAGUGGCCAAAAUGACUUUUAAGAAUGUGGAUUUUUGGGUCAUCUUUGGCGCCCCCUAGAACGUAAACCGUGGGGUGCAGCGUCAUGAUUUUUACAACUUUGAAUGGGCAUGGGGUGUAGAUUGCCCUGAGCAAAUUUGGUAUCGGUGGGACGAAAGCCUUAGGAGGAGAUAGCCACAUUCCAAUGUGUGCGAAUCGGCAAAAAAUGCAAAAUAGCCCUUUAACCGUACAUUAUACAGAUACGCGCUCUUUGACUUUUUCGUAGAUCUAAUUGAGAUACACAUGAUUGUCAAUUUUUGUGUCAUUUUGACAAAGCGUUCAGGCGUGACACUCAACAAUGUGUAUUUUUAUGUAAGGGGACAAGAAAAAAUUGACUUUUUUCUCCUACCAUGGGGGGGCGCUCUUUUGGGGAGUAAAAAUUCCUUCACAAAUGUGUUGAUGGCUGGACAUUGCAUCAUCCUAGAAAACUUGGAGGCCAGUGAGGACAAAAAUAAAAAGUUAUAAAACAUUUAAGAAUGUGGAUUUUUGGGUUAUUUUUGGCGCCCCCUAGAACCUAAACCAUGGGGUGCAGCAUCAUGAUUUGAAUAACUUUUAAUGGCCAUGGGGUGUAGAUUGGCCUGAGCAAAUGUGGUGCCGGUGGAACGAAAGCCUUCGGAGGAGUUAGCGAAAUUCCAAUGUGUGCGUAUCGGCAAAAAAUGCGGAAUAACCCUUUAACUGUACAUUUGACAGAUACGCGCGCAUGGACUUUUUUGUAGAUCUUAUUGAGUUACAUGUGUGUGUCAAUUUUUGUGUCAUUUUGACAAAGCGUAUAGGCGUGACACUCAACAAUGUGUAUUUUCACCUUAGGGGACAAGAAAAAAUGGACUUUUUUCUCCUGCCAUGGGGGGGCGCUCUUUUGGGGAGUAAAAAUUCCUUCACAAAUGUGUUGAUGGCUGGACAUUGCAUCAUCCUAGAAAACUUGGAGGCCAGUGAGGACAAAAAUAAAAAGUUUUAAGACUUUUAAAUAUGUGGAUUUUAGUGUUAUCUUUGGCGCCCCCUAGAACCUAAACCUUGGGGUGCAGCGUCAUGAUUUUGAUAACUUUUAAUGGCCACGGGGUGUAGAUUGGCCUGAGCAAAUGUGGUGCCGGUGGAACGAAAGCCUUCGGAGGAGUUAGCGAAAUUCCAAUGUGUGCGGAUCGGCAAAAAAUGCGAAAUAACCCUUUAAUUGUAAUUUUGACAGAUACGGCCGCACUGACUUUUUUGUAGAUCUUAUUGAGAUACAUAUGUGUGUCAAUUUUUGUGUCAAUAUGACAAAGCGUACAGGCGUGACAGUCAAUAGUGUGAAUUUCCACCUUAGGGGGCGCUAUGGAGCCAUUUUGCAUUUUAUUGUUUGGGCGACUUCAGAAUAUCGAAUUUUUCACCAGGCCCGGUCGUCCUGCCAAAUUUCAUGAGUUUUCACCAGUGGGAAGUGGGCCAUUUUCCAGUUCAAAGGGGAGGAAAAAGAAGAAAGAAAGAAAGAACUAGGACCCCGUUGGGGCACUGGCGGGCCCGAGCCGUGUCGCGUCCCCCCCAACGUGCUGCCUCCCCGUCCCAUUUGUGUCCUCUGGCCAUCGCCCUCUCUGGUAACGCCCAUCACUGCAAAGACCCUUUUCCUUCAUCGGCGUUUGCUGUUCUUCCUGCCAGUGCGUGUUGCUUUCACUUACACUUGCCACAGCCAGCCUCGUGAGUGCCUAGCCUAUUCGAUAUCACUGUCACCUACACAGGACAGUCAUUACCUUUCUAUUAAUACUUUGUGUUUUAAUUUCACAUUAAUUUCCAUAUUGUAUAAACGACUGGAAAAAACUUGAGCCCCUGCCCCUGUAUAAUCAUGUGCAUGUCUCUGUUCUAGCUCCAAGGUGAAUCUUCACUGCUCAUGUUCUCCUCAGAAGCACUCACCUCACUCCCCUCAGGUUACUGUACACAUGCACCAACUGCCUGCUUCAGGUUUGGAUGGAGCUUCAUGGUUGUCUUUUGGAGAAAUGACCAGUCAAGUUGUGUUUGAAAUUUGAUUUUUUUUCAGGGGCAAAAGGAAGCCUCUGCAUUCUUGUCAAAUAUGUAAACAGCAUGUUUUUGCAGGUGCUAAAAAACAGACUCUGAGUGUGUGUGUGUGUCUGUGUGUGUGUGUGUGUGUGUGUGUGUGUGUGUGUGUGUGUGUAUGUUGGCGUGUGUGUAUAUGUGUGUGUAUCCUGCAGUACUCUGUACUCCUGCAGUGGCCAAAAAGACUUUUAAGAAUGUGGAUUUUUGGGUCAUCUUUGGCGCCCCCUAGAACUGCAGUACUCUGUACUCCUGCAGUGGCCAAAAUGACUUUUAAGAAUGUGGAUUUUUGGGUCAUCUUUGGCGCCCCCUAGAACGUAAACCGUGGGGUGCAGCGUCAUGAUUUUUACAACUUUGAAUGGGCAUGGGGUGUAGAUUGCCCUGAGCAAAUUUGGUAUCGGUGGGACGAAAGCCUUAGGAGGAGAUAGCCACAUUCCAAUGUGUGCGAAUCGGCAAAAAAUGCAAAAUAGCCCUUUAACCGUACAUUAUACAGAUACGCGCUCUUUGACUUUUUCGUAGAUCUAAUUGAGAUACACAUGAUUGUCAAUUUUUGUGUCAUUUUGACAAAGCGUUCAGGCGUGACACUCAACAAUGUGUAUUUUUAUGUAAGGGGACAAGAAAAAAUUGACUUUUUUCUCCUACCAUGGGGGGGCGCUCUUUUGGGGUGUAAAAAUUCCUUCACAAAUGUGUUGAUGGCUGGACAUUGCAUCAUCCUAGAAAACUUGGAGGCCAGUGAGGACAAAAAUAAAAAGUUAUAAAACAUUUAAGAAUGUGGAUUUUUGGGUUAUUUUUGGCGCCCCCUAGAACCUAAACCAUGGGGUGCAGCAUCAUGAUUUGAAUAACUUUUAAUGGCCAUGGGGUGUAGAUUGGCCUGAGCAAAUGUGGUGCCGGUGGAACGAAAGCCUUCGGAGGAGUUAGCGAAAUUCAAAUGUGUGCGGAUCGGCAAAAAAUGCGGAAUAACCCUUUAACCGUACAUUUGACAGAUACGCGCGCAUUGACUUUUUCGUAGAUCUUAUUGAGAUACAUGUGUGUGUCAAUUUUUGUGUCAUUUUGCCAAAGCGUACAGGUGUUACACUCAACAAUGUGUAUUUUCACCUUAGGGGACAAGAAAAAAUGGACUUUUUUCUCCUGCCAUGGGGGGGCGCUCUUUUGGGGAGUAAAAAUUCCUUCACAAAUGUGUUGAUGGCUGGACAUUGCAUCAUCCUAGAAAACUUGGAGGCCAGUGAGGGCAAAAAUAAAAAGUUAUAAGACUUUUAAAUAUGUGGAUCUUAGGGUUAUCUUUGGCGCCCCCUAGAACCUAAACCGUGGGGUGCAGCGUCAUGAUUUGAAUAACUUUUAAUGGCCAUGGGGUGUAGAUUGGCCUGAGCAAAUGUGGUGCCGGUGGAACGAAAGCCUUCGGAGGAGUUAGCGAAAUUCCAAUGUGUGCGGAUCGGCAAAAAAUGCAAAAUAACCCUUUAACCGUACAUUUGACAGAUACGCCCGCAUUGACUUUUUUGUAGAUCUUAUUGAGAUACAUGUGUGUGUCAAUUUUUGUGUCAUUUUGACAAAGCGUACAGGCGUGACAGUGAAUAGUGUGAAUUUUCACCUUAGGGGGCGCUAUGGAGCCAUUUUGCAUUUUCUUGUUUGGGCGACUUCGGAAUAUCAAAUUUUUCACCAGGCCCGGUCGUCCUGCCAAAUUUCAUGAGUUUUCGCCAGUGGGAAGUGGGCCAUUUUCCAGUUCAAAGGGGAGGAAAAAUAAUAACUAGGACCCCGUUGGGGCACUGGCGGGCCCGAGCCGUGUCGCCCCCCCCCAACGUGCUGCCUCCCCGUCCCAUUUGUGUCCUCUGGCCAUCGCCCUCUCUGGUUACGCCCAUCACUGCAAAGACCCUUUUCCUUCAUCGGCGUUUGCUGUUCUUCCUGCCAGUGCGUGUUGCUUUCACUUACACUUGCCACAGCCAGCCUUGUGAGUGCCUAGCCUAUUCGAUAUCACUGUCACCUACACAGGACAGUCAUUACCUUUCUAUUAAUACUUUGUGUUUUAAUUUCACAUUAAUUUCCAUAUUGUAUAAACGACUGGAAAAAACUUGAGCCCCUGCCCCUGUAUAAUCAUGUGCAUGUCUCUGUUCUAGCUCCAAGGUGAAUCUUCACUGCUCAUGUUCUCCUCAGAAGCACUCACCUCACUCCCCUCAGGUUACUGUACACAUGCACCAACUGCCUGCUUCAGGUUUGGAUGGAGCUUCAUGGUUGUCUUUUGGAGAAAUGACCAGUCAAGUUGUGUUUGAAAUUUGAUUUUUUUCAGGGGCAAAAGGAGCCUCUGCAUUCUUGUCAAAUAUGUAAAUAGCAUGUUUUUGCAGGUGCUAAAAACCAGACUCUGAGUGUGUGUGUGUGUGUGUGUGUGUGUGUGUGUGUGUGUGUGUGUGUGUGUGUGUGUGUGUGUGUGCGUGCGUGUGUGUGUGUCUGUGUGUGCGUUCAAGUCACAUGACAUAUUUAACCGGAUGUAGCUGCAAGAUGGAGCCUCGUUGACUCUCCGUUUCAACUUAUCUCAAAAGUGAGGACCUCAACCUAUAUACCAGUUUUUAAAUUGUGUUGAUAGGCCAAAUAAAACCAGAGUUAUGAUAAAUUAUGUCCGCGAUACUUUUUUUCUGCUUAUUUUGAUCACGUUCGGCGCUCGAUCGCGCUGUAUGAGACAGGAAAACAUAGCAUGCACACAUUAGCGACAGGUCUUACAGGCGGAAAAGGCUUGCCAAAAGAAAAAAAAAACACACCACAACAUCUCUCCUAUUGGUGGAAAACUUCACCACAACAACCAAUCCAAAAUUAUAUGGUGACUGAUUGACAAGGGGAGGGCGCUUACGUUCUUCCUGCAACAUGAGAAGGGAGGGAGGGACUCUCAGCAGGGAUGCAGUCUGGGACACGUAGUUGCAAACGUAGCGACUUUGUUGUUAGAUUCAAUGACUUUUCAGACCCCCUAACGACUUUUUUUUAGAAAGAAAGGGACUUUUAUCGACUUCUUCUGGAGUUUAGAGACUCUGACAUGAAGCAGGCUUUCCUUACUGAGGAGUUAGCAACGCUGCUAAGGGUGCAGAGCCACACAUGCGCUCAGAGCUCUGCAUGGGAGACUGAAGCUGACAGAGCUGCAGCAGUUAGCAGGUUUCACCCUCAGAGACCACCAGGGGUUCAUGUUGAGGCAUUUUAAUUUUUUUUUUUUUUGUGCCAUAGACACUGUCAGCACAAUCUGCAGUUACACUAACAAAAAUGCUGCAAAAAACAAAGAAUUAUGGAAAAAUUACACAUGGACUGACAUACAGGAGGAUCUACACAAGUUUUUUACAUCAUGUUUUACAUCAUGCAUCAUUUACAUCAUGUUUUUUUGUAGUGGCAUAAAUAAAAAGUGACAUUUGUGAGACUAUACAGUGUUUUGUAAAUAAUUUUACAAAGAACGCCUGGGCCAUUGCCUGCAUUUUGAUGUAAAUAGAGGUAAAUCACUAUGUUCUUUGUUAAAAAUUUGCAUAUGUUUUGAAGUUUACAAUUUUUAUUUGAAGUUUCAGUUUUAAAAACAGUUCAUCACACAUAUUUGUGGUUUUCACAGUAAAAAUGUUACUUUUUUCCACUCGGAUUUUAUGUUUUGUGUGUGAAUUUGGGUCCAUUGUGUAAAUUCAGUAUGUCAACAUGAUAAAAUAACUGUAAAUUCGCACAGGUGAGGUUGUGCUGAAAAAAAUGAUACCAGGCAAGGCACGUGAUUGUCUAAUUUUGUGUCAAUAUGACAAAGCGUAUAGGCGUGAAUCUCAACAAUAUGUAUUUUCACCUUAGGGGACAAGAAAAAAUGGACUUUUUUCUCCUGCCAUGGGGGGGCGCUCUUUUGGGGAGUAAAAAUUCCUUCACAAAUGUGUUGAUGGCUGGACAUUGCAUCAUCCUAGAAAACUUGGAGGCCAGUGAGGACAAAAAUAAAAAGUUAUAAGACUUUUAAAUAUGUGGAUUUUAGGGUUAUCUUUGGCGCCCCCUAGAACCUAAACCGUGGGGUGCAGCGUCAUGAUUUUGAUAACUUUUAAUGGCCAUGGGGUGUAGAUUGGCCUGAGCAAAUGUGGUGCCGGUGGAACGAAAGCCUUAGGAGGAGUUAGCCACAUUCCAAUGUGUGCGGAUCGGCAAAAAAUGCGGAAUAACCCUUUAACCGUACAUUUGACAGAUACGCGCGCAUUGACUUUUUCGUAGAUCUUAUUGAGUUACAUGUGUGUGUCAAUUUUUGUGUCAUUUUGACAAAGCGUAUAGGCGUGACACUCAACAAUGUGUAUUUUCACCUUAGGGGACAAGAAAAAGUGGACUUUUUUCUCCUGCCAUGGGGGGGCGCUCUUUUGGGGAGUAAAAAUUCCUUCACAAAUGUGUUGAUGGCUGGACAUUGCAUCAUCCUAGAAAACUUGGAGGCCAGUGAGGACAAAAAUAAAAAGUUAUAAGACUUUUAAAUAUGUGGAUUUUAGUGUUAUCUUUGGCGCCCCCUAGAACCUAAACCUUGGGGUGCAGCGUCAUGAUUUUGAUAACUUUUAAUGGCCACGGGGUGUAGAUUGGCCUGAGCAAAUGUGGUGCCGGUGGAACGAAAGCCUUCGGAGGAGUUAGCGAAAUUCCAAUGUGUGCAGAUCGGCAAAAAAUGCGAAAUAACCCUUUAACCGUAAUUUUGACAGAUACGGCCGCACUGACUUUUUUGUAGAUCUUAUUGAGAUACAUGUGUGUGUCAAUUUUUGUGUCAUUUUGACAAAGCGUACAGUCGUGACAGUGAAUAGUGUGAAUUUUCACCUUAGGGGGCGCUAUGGAGCCAUUUUGCAUUUUAUUGUUUUGGCGACUUCAGAAUAUCAAAUUUUUCACCAGGCCCGGUCGUCCUGCCAAAUUUCAUGAGUUUUCGCCAGUGGGAAGUGGGCCAUUUUCCAGUUCAAAGGGGAGGAAAAAGAAAAAAGAAAGAACUAGGACCCCGUUGGGGCACUGGCGGGCCCGAGCUGUGUCGCGUCCCCCCCCCAACGCGCUGCCUCCCCGUCCCAUUUGUGUCCUCUGGCCAUCGCCCUCUUUGGUAACGCCCAUCACUGCAAAGACCCUUUUCCUUCAUCGGCGUUUGCUGUUCUUCCUGCCAGUGCGUGUUGCUUUCACUUACACUUGCCACAGCCAGCCUCGUGAGUGCCUAGCCUAUUGGAUAUCACUGUCACCUACACAGGACAGUCAUUACCUUUCUAUUAAUACUUUGUUUUUUAAUUUCACAAAUAAUUUCCAAAUUGUAUAAACGACUGGAAAAAACUUGAGCCCCUGCCCCUGUAUAAUCAUGUGCACGUCUCUGUUCUAGCUCUAAGGUAAAUCUUCACUGCUCAUGUUCUCCUCAGAAGCAGUCACCUCACUCCCCUCAGGUUACUGUACACAUGCACCAACUGCCUGCUUCAGGUUUGGAUGGAGCUUCAUGGUUGUCUUUUGGAGAAAUGACCAGUCAAGUUGUGUUUGAAAUUUGAUUUUUUUCAGGGGCAAAAGGAGCCUCUGCAUUCUUGUCAAAUAUGUAAAUAGCAUGUUUUUGCAGGUGCUAAAAACCAGACUCUGAGUGUGUGUGUGUGUGUGUGUGUGUGUGCGUGUGUGUGUGUCUGUGUGUGCGUUCAAGUCACAUGACAUAUUUAACCGGAUGUAGCUGCAAGACGGAGCCUCGUUGACUCUCCGUUUCAAUUUAUCUCAAAAGUGAGGACCUCAACCUAUAUACCAGUUUUUAAAUUGUGUUGAUAGGCCAAAUAAAACCAGAGUUAUGAUAAAUUAUGUCCGCGAUACUUUUUUUCUGCUUAUUUUGAUCACGUUCGGCGCUCGACCGCGCUGUAUGAGACAGGAAAACAUAGCAUGCAGACAUUAGCGACAGGUCUUACAGGCGGAAAAGGCUUGCCAAAAGAAAAAAAAACACACCACAACAUCUCUCCUAUUGGUGGAAAACUUCACCACAACAACCAAUCCAAAAUUAUAUGGUGACUGAUUGACAAGGGGCGGGCGCUUACGUUCUUCCUGCAACAUGAGAAGGGAGGGAGGGACUCUCAGCAGGGAUGCAGUCUGGGACACGUAGUUGCAAACCUAGCGACUUUGUUGUUAGAUUCAAUGACUUUUCAGACCCCCUAACGACUUUUUUUUAGAAAGAAAGGGACUUUUAUCGACUUCUUCUGGAGUUUAGAGACUCUGACAUGAAGCAGGCUUUCCUUACUGAGGAGUUAGCAACGCUGCUAAGGGUGCAGAGCCACACAUGUGCUCAGAGCUCUGCAUGGGAGACUGAAGCUGACAGAGCUGCAGCAGUUAGCAGGUUUCACCCUCAGAGACCACCAGGGGUUCAUGUUGAGGCAUUUUAAUUUUUUUUUUUUUGUGCCAUAGACACUGUCAGCACAAUCUGCAGUUACACUAACAAAAAUGCUGCAAAAAACAAAGAAUUAUGGAAAAAUUACACAUGGACUGACAUAGAGGAGGAUCUACACAAGUUUUUUACAUCAUGUUUUACAUCAUGCAUCAUUUACAUCAUGUUUUUUUUGUAGUGGCAUAAAUAAAAAGUGACAUUUGUGAGACUAUACAGUGUUUUGUAAAUAAUUUUACAAAGAACGCCUGGGCCAUUGCCUGCAUUUUGAUGUAAAUAGAGGUAAAUCACUAUGUUCUUUGUUAAAAAUUUGCAUAUGUUUUGAAGUUUACAAUUUUUAUUUGAAGUUUAAGUUUUAAAAACAGUUCAUCACACAUAUUUUUGGUUUUCACAGUAAAAAUGUUACUUUUUUCCACUCGGAUUUUAUGUUUUGUGUGUGAAUUUGGGUCCAUUGUGUAAAUUCAGUAUGUCAACAUGAUAAAAUAACUGUAAAUUCGCACAGGUGAGGUUGUGCUGAAAAAAAUGAUACCAGGCAAGGCACGUGAUUGUCAAAUUUUGUGUCAAUAUGACAAAGCGUAUAGGCGUGAAUCUCAACAAUAUGUAUUUUCACCUUAGGGGACAAGAAAAAAUGGACUUUUUUCUGCUGCCAUGGGGGGGCGCUCUUUUGGGGAGUAAAAAUUCCUUCACAAAUGUGUUGAUGGCUGGACAUUGCAUCAUCCUAGAAAACUUGGAGGCCAGUGAGGACAAAAAUAAAAAGUUAUAAGACUUUUAAAUAUGUGGAUUUUAGGGUUAUCUUUGGCGCCCCCUAGAACCUAAACCGUGGGGUGCAGCGUCAUGAUUUGAAUAACUUUUAAUGGCCAUGGGGUGUAGAUUGGCCUGAGCAAAUGUGGUGCCGGUGGAACGAAAGCCUUAGGAGGAGUUAGCCACAUUCCAAUGUGUGCGGAUCGGCAAAAAAUGCGGAAUAACCCUUUAACCGUACAUUUGACAGAUACGCGCGCAUUGACUUUUUCGUAGAUCUUAUUGAGUUACAUGUGUGUGUCAAUUUUUGUGUCAUUUUGACAAAGCGUAUAGGCGUGACACUCAAUAAUGUGUAUUUUCACCUUAGGGGACAAGAAAAAAUGGACUUUUUUCUCCUGCCAUGGGGGGGCGCUCUUUUGGGGAGUAAAAAUUCCUUCACAAAUGUGUUGAUGGCUGGACAUUGCAUCAUCCUAGAAAACUUGGAGGCCAGUGAGGGCAAAAAUAAAAAGUUAUAAGACUUUUAAAUAUGUGGAUUUUAGUGUUAUCUUUGGCGCCCCCUAGAACCUAAACCUUGGGGUGCAGCGUCAUGAUUUUGAUAACUUUUAAUGGCCACGGGGUGUAGAUUGGCCUGAGCAAAUGUGGUGCCGGUGGAACGAAAGCCUUCGGAGGAGUUAGCGAAAUUCCAAUGUGUGCGGAUCGGAAAAAAAUGCGAAAUAACCCUUUAACCGUAAUUUUGACAGAUACGGCCGCACUGACUUUUUUGUAGAUCUUAUUGAGAUACAUAUGUGUGUCAAUUUUUGUGUCAAUAUGACAAAGCGUACAGGCGUGACAGUCAAUAGUGUGAAUUUCCACCUUAGGGGGCGCUAUGGAGCCAUUUUGCAUUUUAUUGUUUGGGCGACUUCAGAAUAUCGAAUUUUUCACCAGGCCCGGUCGUCCUGCCAAAUUUCAUGAGUUUUCGCCAGUGGGAAGUGGGCCAUUUUCCAGUUCAAAGGGGAGGAAAAAGAAGAAAGAAAGAAAGAAAGAAAGAACUAGGACCCCGGUGGGGCACUGUCGGGCCCGAGCCGCGUUGCGCCGCCCCCAGCGCGACCGCCUCCCCCUCCCGAUCGCGUCACACUCAAGGUCCAAAGAUGGUGUGCGCACUUGUCUGUGGUCAUUUCCCAUUAUAAUGAAUGGGAGGCGCAGUUUCUACCAAAACACUCGCUGCAGACAAACUUCAUGUCCUAUUUGAAAAAAGUCUGGACCAUGAGUGAGGGCACAAACACAGCUGGGAUAUAUCCAAAUGGCAGGUUGCUCCUCCUUACGGUGUUGCCUGGAGAGCGAUGCGUUUGAGCCAUUGAGCGAUGGGCAGGAAAAACUUGACUUUCUUUCGUGCCAUGGGGGGGGAGAAUGUGGAUUCUUUUAAGAAUGUGGAUUUUUUGGUCAUCUUUGGCGCCCCCUAGAACGUAAACCGUGGGGUGCAGCGUCAUGAUUUUUACAACUUUGAAUGGCCAUGGGGUGUAGAUUGGCCUGAGCAAAUUUGGUGUCAGUGGGACGAAAGCCUUAGGAGGAGUUAGCCACAUUCCAAUGUGUGCGAAUCGGCAAAAAAUGCAAAAUAGCCCUUUAACCGUACAUUUGACAGAUACGCGCGCAUUGACUUUUUUGUAGAUCUUAUUGAGAUACAUAUGUGUGUCAAUUUUUGUGUCAAUAUGAUAAAGCGUACAGGCGUGACAGUCAAUAGUGUGAAUUUCCACCUUAGGGGACAAGAAAAAAUGGACUUUUUUCUCCUGCCAUGGGGGGGCGCUCUUUUGGGGAGUAAAAAUUCCUUCACAAAUGUGUUGAUGGCUGGACAUUGCAUCAUCCUAGAAAACUUGGAGGCCAGUGAGGACAAAAAUAAAAAGUUAUAAGACUUUUAAAUAUGUGGAUUUUAGGGUUAUCUUUGGCGCCCCCUAGAACCUAAACCGUGGGGUGCAGCGUCAUGAUUUGAAUAACUUUUAAUGGCCAUGGGGUGUAGAUUGGCCUGAGCAAAUGUGGUGCCGGUGGAACGAAAGCCUUCGGAGGAGUUAGCGAAAUUCCAAUGUGUGCGGAUCGGCAAAAAAUGCGGAAUAACCCUUUAACCGUACAUUUGACAGAUACGCGCGCCUUGACUUUUUCGUAGAUCUUAUUGAGAUACAUGUGUGUGUCAAUUUUUGUGUCAUUUUGCCAAAGCGUACAGGUGUUACACUCAACAAUGUGUAUUUUCACCUUAGGGGACAAGAAAAAAUGGACUUUUUUCUCCUGCCAUGGGGGGGCGCUCUUUUGGGGAGUAAAAAUUCCUUCACAAAUGUGUUGAUGGCUGGACAUUGCAUCAUCCUAGAAAACUUGGAGGCCAGUGAGGGCAAAAAUAAAAAGUUAUAAGACUUUUAAAUAUGUGGAUCUUAGGGUUAUCUUUGGCGCCCCCUAGAACCUAAACCGUGGGGUGCAGCGUCAUGAUUUGAAUAACUUUUAAUGGCCAUGGGGUGUAGAUUGGCCUGAGCAAAUGUGGUGCCGGUGGAACGAAAGCCUUCGGAGGAGUUAGCGAAAUUCCAAUGUGUGCGGAUCGGCAAAAAAUGCGAAAUAACCCUUUAACCGUACAUUUGACAGAUACGCCCGCACUGACUUUUUUGUAGAUCUUAUUGAGAUACAUGUGUGUGUCAAUUUUUGUGUCAUUUUGACAAAGCGUACAGGCGUGACAGUCAAUAGUGUGAAUUUUCACCUUAGGGGGCGCUAUGGAGCCAUUUUGCAUUUUCUUGUUUGGGCGACUUCGGAAUAUCAAAUUUUUCACCAGGCCCGGUCGUCCUGCCAAAUUUCAUGAGUUUUCGCCAGUGGGAAGUGGGCCAUUUUCCAGUUCAAAGGGGAGGAAAAAUAAUAACUAGGGCCCCGUUGGGGCACUGGCGGGCCCGAGCCGUGUCACGCCGCCCCCAGCGCGACCGCCUCCCCCACCCGAUCGCGUCACACUCAAGGUCCAAAGAUGGUGUGCGCACUUGUUUGUGGUCAUUUACCAUUAUAAUGAACGGGAGGCGCAGUUUCUACCAAAACGCUCGCUGCAGAAAAACUCCAUGUCCUAUUUGAAAAAAGUCUGGACCAUGAGUGAGGGCACAAACACAGCUAAGAUAUAUCCAAAUGGCAAGUUGCUCCUCCUUUCGCUUUUGCCGAGAGAGCAGUGCGUUUGAGCCAUUGAAUGAUGAACAGGAAAAACUUGACUUUAUUCUCCUGCCAUGGGGGGGCGCUCUUUUAAAGAGAAAAAACUCCUUCACAAAUGUGUUGAUGGCUGGACAUUGCAUCAUCCUAGAAAACAUGGAGGCCAGUGAGGACAAAAAUAAAAAGUUAUAAGACUUUUAAAUAUGUGGAUUUUAGGGUUAUAUUUGGCGCCCCCUAGAACCUAAACCGUGGGGUGCAGCGUCAUGAUUUGAAUAACUUUUAAUGGCCAUGGGGUGUAGAUUGGCCUGAGCAAAUGUGGUGCCGGUGGAACGAAAGCCUUCGGAGGAAUUAGCGAAAUUCCAAUGUGUGCGAAUCUGCAAAAAAUGCGAAAUAACCCUUUAACCGUACAUUUUACAGAUACGUGGCCAUUGACUUUUUCGAAGAUCUUAUUGAAAUACACGUGUAUGUAAAAUUUUGUGUCAAUACGACAAAACAUACAGGCGUAGCACUCAACAAUGUGUAUUUUCACCUUAGUGGACAAGAAAAAAUUGACUUUUUUCUCCUGCCAUGGGGGGCGCUCUUUUGCCGAGUAAAAAUUCCUUCACAAAUGUGUUGAUGGCUGGACAUUGCAUCAUCCUAGAAAACUUGGAGGCCAGUGGGGACAAAAAUAAAAAGUUAUAAGACUUUUAAAUAUGUGGAUUUUACGGUCAUCUUUGGCGCCCCCUAGAACCUAAACCGUGGGGUGCAGCGUCAUGAUUUGAAUAACUUUUAAUGGCCAUGGGGUGUAGAUUGGCCUGAGCAAAUGUGGUGCCGGUGGAACGAAAGCCUUCGGAGGAGUUAGCGAAAUUCCAAUGUGUGCGGAUCGGCAAAAAAUGCGGAAUAACCCUUUAACCGUACAUUUGACAGAUACGCGCGCAUUGACUUUUUCGUAGAUCUUAUUGAGAUACAUGUGUGUGUCAAUUUUUGUGUCAUUUUGCCAAAGCGUACAGGUGUUACACUCAACAAUGUGUAUUUUCACCUUAGGGGACAAGAAAAAAUGGACUUUUUUCUCCUGCCAUGGGGGGGCGCUCUUUUGGGGAGUAAAAAUUCCUUCACAAAUGUGUUGAUGGCUGGACAUUGCAUCAUCCUAGAAAACUUGGAGGCCAGUGAGGGCAAAAAUAAAAAGUUAUAAGACUUUUAAAUAUGUGGAUCUUAGGGUUAUCUUUGGCGCCCCCUAGAACCUAAACCGUGGGGUGCAGCGUCAUGAUUUGAAUAACUUUUAAUGGCCAUGGGGUGUAGAUUGGCCUGAGCAAAUGUGGUGCCGGUGGAACGAAAGCCUUCGGAGGAGUUAGCGAAAUUCCAAUGUGUGCGGAUCGGCAAAAAAUGCGAAAUAACCCUUUAACCGUACAUUUGACAGAUACGCCCGCACUGACUUUUUUGUAGAUCUUAUUGAGAUACAUGUGUGUGUCAAUUUUUGUGUCAUUUUGACAAAGCGUACAGGCGUGACAGUGAAUAGUGUGAAUUUUCACCUUAGGGGGCGCUAUGGAGCCAUUUUGCAUUUUCUUGUUUGGGCGACUUCGGAAUAUCAAAUUUUUCACCAGGCCCGGUCGUCCUGCCAAAUUUCAUGAGUUUUCGCCAGUGGGAAGUGGGCAAUUUUCCAGUUCAAAGGGGAGGAAAAAUAAUAAUAAUAACAAAAGAAGGAAACUACAGGAACAAGAGGGCUCUCGCAGCUGCUUAGCAGCUACGCUCGGGCCCUAAAGAAAGAAACAAAGAAAAACCACUUGGGGAAUAAUAGGGCCUACGCCCGGCUGCUCUGCAGCUGGCUCGGGCCCUAAAGAAACAAAGAAAAACCACUUGGGGAAUAAUAGGGCCUACGCCCGGCUGCUCUGCAGCUGGCUCGGGCCCUAAUAACAAAAGAAGGAAACUACAGGAACAAGAGGGCUCUCGCAGCUGCUUAGCAGCUACGCUCGGGCCCUAACUAGGGCCCCGUUGGGGCACUGGCGGGCCCGAGCCGUGUCGCACCCCCCCCCAACGCGCUGCCUCCCCGUCACAUUCAUGUCCUCUGGCCAUCGCCCUCUCUGGUAACGCCCAUCACUGCAAAGACCCUUUUCCUUCAUCGGCGUUUGCUGUUCUUCCUGCCAGUGCGUGUUGCUUUCACUUACACUUGCCACAGCCAGCCUCGUGAGUGCCUAGCCUAUUGGAUAUCACUGUCACCUACACAGGACAGUCAUACUUUGUUUUUUAAUUUCGCAUUCAUUUCCAUAUUGUAUAAAUGACUGGAAAAAACUUGAGCCCCUGCCCCUGUAUAAUCAUGUGCACGUCCCUGUUCUAGCUCCAAGGUGAAUCUUCACUGCUCAUGUUCUCCUCAGAAAUAGUCACCUCACUCCCCUCAGGUUACUGUACACAUGCACCAACUAUCUGCUUCAGGUUUGGAUGGAGCUUCAUGGUUGUCUUUUGGAGAAAUGAACAGUCAAGUUGUGUUUGAAAUAUGAUUUUUUUCAGCGGCAAAAGGAAGCCUCUGCAUUCUUGUCAAAUAUGUAAACAGCAUGUUUUUGCAGGUGCUAAAAAACAGACUCUGAGUGUGUGUGUGUGUGUGUGUGUGUGUGUGUGUGUGUGUGUGUGUGUGUGUGUAUCCUGCAGUACUCUGUACUCCUGCAGUGACCAAAAAGACUUUUAAGAAUGUGGAUUUUUGGGUCAUCUUUGGCGCCCCCUAGAACUGCAGUACUCUGUACUCCUGCAGUGGCCAAAAUGACUUUUAAGAAUGUGGAUUUUUGGGUCAUCUUUGGCGCCCCCUAGAACGUAAACCGUGGGGUGCAGCGUCAUGAUUUUUACAACUUUGAAUGGGCAUGGGGUGUAGAUUGGCCUGAGCAAAUUUGGUAUCGGUGGGACGAAAGCCUUAGGAGGAGAUAGCCACAUUCCAAUGUGUGCGAAUCAGCAAAAAAUGCGAAAUAGCCCUUUAACUGUACAUUAUACAGAUACGCGCUUUUUGACUUUUUCGUAGAUCUAAUUGAGAUACACAUGAUUGUCAAUUUUUGUGGCAAUAUGACAAAGCGUUCAGGCAUGACACUCAACAAUGUGUAUUUUCAUGUAAGGGGACAAGAAAAAAUUGACUUUUUUCUCCUGCCAUGGGGGGGCGCUCUUUUGGGGAGUAAAAAUUCCUUCACAAAUGUGUUGAUGGCUGGACAUUGCAUCAUCCUAGAAAACUUGGAGGGCAGUGAGGACAAAAAUAAAAAGUUAUAAGACUUUUAAGAAUGUGGAUUUUGGGUAAUCUUUGGCGCCCCCUAGAACGUAAACCGUGGGGUGCAGCGUCAUGAUUUGUACAACUUUUAAUGGCCAUGGGGGGUAGAUUGGCCUGCGCAAAUGUGGUGCCGGUCGAACGAAAGCCUUCGGAGGAGUUAGCGAAAUUCCAAUGUGUGCAGAUCUGCAAAAAAUGCAAAAUAACCCAAUAACUGUACAUUUGACAGAUACGCCCGCACUGACUUUUUUGUAGAUCUUAUUGAGAUACAUGUGUGUGUCAAUUUUUGUGUCAAUAUGACAAAGCGUACAGCCGUCAUGUGAAUUUUCACCUUAGGGGGCGCUAUGGAGCCAUUUUGCAUUUUAUUGUUUGGGCGACUUCAGAAUAUCGAAUUUUUCACCAGGCCCGGUCGUCCUGCCAAAUUUCCUGAGUUUUCGCCAGUGGGAAGUGGGCCAUUUUCCAGUUUAAAGCGGAGGAAAAAUAAUAACGAAAGAAGGAAACAUGCAGGAACAAGAGGGCUCUCGCAGCUGCUUAGCAGCUACGCUCGGGCCCUAACUAGGACCCCGUUGGGGCACUGGCGGGCCCGAGCUGUGUCGCGUCCCCCCCAACGCGCUGCCUCCCCGUCCCAUUUGUGUCCUCUGGCCAUCGCCCUCUUUGGUAACGCCCAUCACUGCAAAGACCCUUUUCCUUCAUCGGCGUUUGCUGUUCUUCCUGCCAGUGCGUGUUGCUUUCACUUACACUUGCCACAGCCAGCCUCGUGAGUGCCUAGCCUAUUGGAUAUCACUGUCACCUACACAGGACAGUCAUUACCUUUCUAUUAAUACUUUGUUUUUUAAUUUCACAUUAAUUUCCAAAUUGUAUAAACGACUGGAAAAAACUUGAGCCCCUGCCCCUGUAUAAUCAUGUGCACGUCUCUGUUCUAGCUCUAAGGUAAAUCUUCACUGCUCAUGUUCUCCUCAGAAGCAGUCACCUCACUCCCCUCAGGUUACUGUACACAUGCACCAACUGCCUGCUUCAGGUUUGGAUGGAGCUUCAUGGUUGUCUUUUGGAGAAAUGACCAGUCAAGUUGUGUUUGAAAUUUGAUUUUUUUCAGGGGCAAAAGGAGCCUCUGCAUUCUUGUCAAAUAUGUAAAUAGCAUGUUUUUGCAGGUGCUACAAACCAGACUCUGAGUGUGUGUGUGUGCGUGUGUGUGUGUGUCUGUGUGUGUGUGUGUGUGUGCGUUCAAGUCACAUGACAUAUUUAACCGGAUGUAGCUGCAAGACGGAGCCUCGUUGACUCUCCGUUUCAAUUUAUCUCAAAAGUGAGGACCUCAACCUAUAUACCAGUUUUUAAAUUGUGUUGAUAGGCCAAAUAAAACCAGAGUUAUGAUAAAUUAUGUCCGCGAUACUUGUUUUCUGCUUAUUUUGAUCACGUUCGGCGCUCGAUCGCGCUGUAUGAGACAGGAAAACAUAGCAUGCAGACAUUAGCGACAGGUCUUACAGGCGGAAAAGGCUUGCCAAAGGAAAAAAAAUACACACCACAACAUCUCUCCUAUUGGUGGAAAACUUCACCACAACAACCAAUCCAAAAUUAUAUGGUGACUGAUUGACAAGGGGCGGGAACUUACGUUCUUCCUGCAACAUGAGAAGGGAGGGAGGGACUCUCAGCAGGGAUGCAGUCUGGGACACGUAGUUGCAAACCUAGCGACUUUGUUGUUAGAUUCAAUGACUUUUCAGACCCCCUAACGACUUUUUUUUAGAAAGAAAGUGACUUUUAUCGACUUCUUCUGGAGUUUAGAGACUCUGACAUGAAGCAGGCUUUCCUUACUGAGGAGUUAGCAACGCUGCUAAGGGUGCAGAGCCACACAUGCGCUCAGAGCUCUGCAUGGGAGACUGAAGCUGACAGAGCUGCAGCAGUUAGCAGGUUUCACCCUCAGAGACCACCAGGGGUUCAUGUUGAGGCAUUUUCAGUUUUUUUUUUUUUUUUUUUGCCAUAGACACUGUCAGCACAAUCUGCAGUUACACUAACAAAAAUGCUGCAAAAAACAAAGAAUUAUGGAAAAAUUACACAUGGACUAACAUAGAGGAGGAUCUACACAAGUUUUUUACAUCAUGUUUUACAUCAUGCAUCAUUUACAUCAUGUUUUUUUGUAGUGGCAUAAAUAAAAAGUGACAUUUGUGAGACUAUACAGUGUUUUGUAAAUAAUUUUACAAAGAACACCUGGGCCAUUGCCUGCAUUUUGAUGUCAAUAGAGGUAAAUUACUAUGUUCUUUGUUAAAAAUUUGCAUAUGUUUUGAAGUUUACAAUUUUUAUUUGAAGUUUAAGUUUUAAAAACAGUUCAUCACACAUAUUUGUGGUUUUCACAGUAAAAACGUUACUUUUUUCCACUCGGAUUUUAUGUUUUGUGUGUGAAUUUGGGUCCAAUGUGUAAAUAUAGUAUGUCAAAAUGAUAAAAUAACUGUAAAUUGACACAGGUGAGGUUGUGCUGAAAAAAAUGAUACCAGGCAAGGCAAGGUAAAAAUUUUGUAAGAGGAAAUAUAAAGGUAAAAUCUAAAGUAGUCAAAAACGGCCAAUAGUGACUCACAGACUCCACAGACAAGUCCCUUUGGCGCCACUCAGUGGGCAAAACUACUUUGUCUACUGUAAUGUAUAUUUGGGUCAUCUUUGGCGCCCCCUAAAACGUAAACCGUGGGGUGCAGCGUCAUGAUUUUUACAACUUUGAAUGGCCAUGGAGUGUAGAUUGGCCUGAGCAAAUUUGGUGUCAGUGGGACGAAAGCCUUAGGAGGAGUUAGCGAAAUUCCAAUGUGUGCGAAUCGGCAAAAAAUGCAAAAUAGCCCUUUUACCGUACAUUAUACAGAUACGCGCUCUUUGACUUUUUCGUAGAUCUAAUUGAGAUACACAUGAUUGUCAAUUUUUGUGUCAUUUUGCCAAAGCGUACAGGCGUGACAGUCAACAAUGUGUAUUUUCACCUUAGGGGACAAGAAAAAAUGGACUUUUUUCUCCUGCCAUGGGGGGGCGCUCUUUUAGGGAGUAAAAAUUCCUUCACAAAUGUGUUGAUGGCUGGACAUUGCAUCAUCCUAGAAAACUUGGAGGCCAGUGGGGACAACAAUAAAAAGUUAUAAGACUUUUAAAAAUGUGGAUUUUUGGGUUAUCUUUGGCGCCCCCUAGAACGUAAACCGUGGGGUGCAGCGUCAUGAUUUGAAUAACUUUUAAUGGCCAUGGGGUGUAGAUUGGCCUGAGCAAAUGUGGUGCCGGUGGAACGAAAGCCUUCGGAGGAGUUAGCGAAAUUCCAAUGUGUGCGGAUCGGCAAAAAAUGCGAAAUAACCCUUUAACCGUACAUUAGACAGAUACGCGCGCAUGGACUUUUUUGUAGAUCUUAUUGAGAUACACGUGUGUGUCAAUUUUUGUGUCAUUUUGACAAAGCGUACAGGCGUGACAGUCAAUAGUGUGAAUUUUCACCUUAGGGGACAAGAAAAAAUGGACUUUUUUCUCCUGCCAUGGGGGGCGCUCUUUUGGGGAGUAAAAAUUCCUUCACAAAUGUGUUGAUGGCUGGACAUUGCAUCAUCCUAGAAAACUUGGAGGCCAGUGAGGGCAAAAAUAAAAAGUUAUAAGACUUUUAAAUAUGUGGAUUUUAGGGUUAUCUUUGGCGCCCCCUAGAACCUAAACCGUGGGGUGCAGCGUCAUGAUUUGAAUAACUUUUAAUGGCCAUGGGGUGUAGAUUGGCCUGAGCAAAUGUGGUGCCGGUGGAACGAAAGCCUUCGGAGGAGUUAGCGAAAUUCCAAUGUGUGCGGAUCGGCAAAAAAUGCGAAAUAACCCUUUAACCGUACAUUUGACAGAUACGCCCGCACUGACUUUUUUGUAGAUCUUAUUGAGAUACAUGUGUGUGUCAAUUUUUGUGUCAUUUUGACAAAGCGUACAGGCGUGACAGUCAAUAGUGUGAAUUUUCACCUUAGGGGGCGCUAUGGAGCCAUUUUGCAUUUUCUUGUUUGGGCGACUUCGGAAUAUCAAAUUUUUCACCAGGCCCGGUCGUCCUGCCAAAUUUCAUGAGUUUUCGCCAGUGGGAAGUGGGCCAUUUUCCAGUUCAAAGGGGAGGAAAAAGAAAAAAGAAACAAAGAAAAACCACUUGGGGAAUAAUAGGGCUCUCGCAGCUGCUUAGCAGCUACGCUCGGGCCCUAACUAGGGCCCCGUUGGGGCACUGGCGGGCCCGAGCCGCGUUGCGCCGCCCCCAGCGCGACCGCCUCCCCCUCCCGAUCGCGUCACACUCAAGGUCCAAAGAUGGUGUGCGCACUUGUCUGUGGUCAUUUCCCAUUAUAAUGAAUGGGAGGCGCAGUUUCUACCAAAACACUCGCUGCAGACAAACUCCAUGUCCUAUUUGAAAAAAGUCUGGACCAUGAGUGAGGGCACAAACACAGCUAGGAUAUAUCCAAACGGCAAGUUGCUCCUCGUUACGGUGUUGCCGGGAGAGCGAUGCGAUUGAGCCAUUGAGUGAUGGGCAGGAAAAACUUGACUUUUUCUCCUGCCAUGGGGGAUGGGGGAUGGGGGAUGGGGGGGGGGGGGGAUGUGGAUUCUUUUAAGAAUGUGGAUAUUUGGGUCAUCUUUGGCGCCCCCUAGAACGUAAACCGUGGGGUGCAGCGUCAUGAUUUUUAAAACUUUGAAUGGCCAUGGGGUGUAGAUUGGCCUGAGCAAAUUUGGUGUCUGUGGGACGAAAGCCUUAGGAGGAGUUAGCCACAUUCCAAUGUGUGCUAAUCGGCAAAAAAUGCAAAAUAGCCCUUUAACCGUACAUUUUACAGAUACGCGCGCAUUGACUUUUUCGUAGAUCUAAUUGAGAUACAUGUGUGUGUCAAAUUUUGUGUCAAUAUGACAAAGCAUACAGGUAUGACAGUCAACAAUGUGUAUUUUCACCUUAUGGGACAAGAAAAAAUGGACUUUUUUCUCCUGCCAUGGGGGGGCGCUCUUUUGGGGAGUAAAAAUUCCUUCACAAAUGUGUUGAUGGCUGGACAUUGCAUCAUCCUAGAAAACUUGGAGGCCAGUGAGGGCAAAAAUAAAAAGUUAUAAGACUUUUAAAUAUGUGGAUUUUAGGGUUAUCUUUGGCGCCCCCUAGAACCUAAACCGUGGGGUGCAGCGUCAUGAUUUGAAUAACUUUUAAUGGCCAUGGGGUGUAGAUUGGCCUGAGCAAAUUUGGUGUCAGUGGGACGAAAGCCUUAGGAGGAGUUAGCCACAUUCCAAUGUGUGCGGAUCGGCAAAAAAUGCGCAAUAACCCUUUAACCGUACAUUUGACAGAUACGCCCGCACUGACUUUUUUGUAGAUCUUAUUGAGAUACAUGUGUGUGUCAAUUUUUGUGUAAUUUUGACAAAGCGUACAGGCGUGACAGUCAAUAGUGUGAAUUUUCACCUUAUGGGACAAGAAAAAAUGGACUUUUUUCUCCUGCCAUGGGGGGGCGCUCUUUUGGGGAGUAAAAAUUCCUUCACAAAUGUGUUGAUGGCUGGACAUUGCAUCAUCCUAGAAAACUUGGAGGCCAGUGAGGGCAAAAAUAAAAAGUUAUAAGACUUUGAAAUAUGUGGAUUUUAGGGUUAUCUUUGGCGCCCCCUAGAACCUAAACCGUGGGGUGCAGCGUCAUGAUUUGAAUAACUUUUAAUGGCCAUGGGGUGUAGAUUGGCCUGAGCAAAUGUGGUGCCGGUGGAACGAAAGCCUUCGGAGGAGUUAGCGAAAUUCCAAUGUGUGCGGAUCGGCAAAAAAUGCGCAAUAACCCUUUAACCGUACAUUUGACAGAUACGCCCGCACUGACUUUUUUGUAGAUCUUAUUGAGAUACAUGUGUGUGUCAAUUUUUGUGUCAUUUUGACAAAGCGUACAGGCGUCAGGUGAAUUUUUCACCUUAGGGGGCGCUAUGGAGCCAUUUUGCAUUGUAUUGUUUGGGCGACUUCAGAAUAUCAAAUUUUUCACCAGGCCCGGUCGUCCUGCCAAAUUUCAUGAGUUUUCGCCAGUGGGAAGUGGGCCAUUUUCCAGUUCAAAGGGGAGGAAAAAGAAAAAAGAAACAAAGAAAAACCACUUGGGGAAUAAUAGGGCUCUCGCAGCUGCUUAGCAGCUACGCUCGGGCCCUAACUAGGACCCCGUUGGGGCACUGUCGGGCCCGAGCCGUGUCGCGCCGCCCCCAGUGCGACCGCCUCCCCCUCCCGAUCGCGUCACACUCAAGAUCCAAAGAUGGUGUGCGCACUUGUCUGCGGUCAUUUCCUAUUAUAAUGAAUGGGAGGCGCAGUUUCUACCAAAACACUCGCUGCAGACAAACUUCAUGUCCUAUUUGAAAAAAGUCUGGACCAUGAGUGAGGGCACAAACACAGCUAUGAUAUAUCGAAAUGGCAGGUUGCUCCUCCUUACGGUGUUGCCUGGAGAGCGAUGCGAUUGAGCCAUUGAGCGAUGGGCAGGAAAAACUUAACUUUUUCUCCUGCCAUAUGGGGGGGGGGGGGGGGGGGAUGUGGAUUAUUUGAAGAAUGUGGAUUUUUGGGUCAUCUUUGGCGCCCCCUAGAACGUAAACCGUGGGGUGCAGCGUCAUGAUUUUUACAACUUUGAAUGGCCAUGGGGUGUAGAUUGGCCUGAGCAAAUUUGGUGUCAGUGGGACGAAAGCCUUAGGAGGAGUUAGCCACAUUCCAAUGUGUGCGAAUCGGCAAAAAAUGCAAAAUAGCCCUUUAACCGUACAUUUGACAGAUACGCGCGAAUCGACUCUUUUGUAGAUCUUAUUGAGAUACAUAUGUGUGUCAAUUUUUGUGUCAAUAUGAUAAAGCGUACAGGCGUGACAGUCAAUAGUGUGAAUUUCCACCUUAGGGGACAAGAAAAAAUUGGCUUUUUUUUCCUGCCAUGGGGGGGCGCUCUUUUGGGGAGUAAAAAUUCCUUCACAAAUGUGUUGAUGGCUGGACAUUGCAUCAUCCUAGAAAACUUGGAGGCCAGUGAGGACAAAAAUAAAAAGUUAUAAGACUUUUAAAUAUGUGGAUUUUAGGGUUAUCUUUGGCGCCCCCUAGAACCUAAACCGUGGGAUGCAGCGUCAUGAUUUGAAUAACUUUUAAUGGCCAUGGGGUGUAGAUUGGCCUGAGCAAAUGUGGUACCGGUGGAAUGAAAGCCUUCGGAGGAGUUAGCGAAAUUCCAAUGUGUGCUGAUCGGCAAAAAAUGCGGAAUAACCCUUUAACCGUACAUUUGACAGAUACGCGCGCACUGACUUUUUCGUAGAUCUUAUUGAGAUACAUGUGUGUGUCAAUUUUUGUGUCAUUUUGCCAAAGCGUACAGGUGUUACACUCAACAAUGUGUAUUUUCACCUUAGGGGACAAGAAAAAAUGGACUUUUUUCUCCUGCCAUGGGGGGGCGCUCUUUUGGGGAGUAAAAAUUCCUUCACAAAUGUGUUGAUGGCUGGACAUUGCAUCAUCCUAGAAAACUUGGAGGCCAGUGAGGGCAAAAAUAAAAAGUUAUAAGACUUUUAAAUAUGUGGAUCUUAGGGUUAUCUUUGGCGCCCCCUAGAACCUAAACCGUGGGGUGCAGCGUCAUGAUUUGAAUAACUUUUAAUGGCCAUGGGGUGUAGAUUGGCCUGAGCAAAUGUGGUGCCGGUGGAACGAAAGCCUUCGGAGGAGUUAGCGAAAUUCCAAUGUGUGCGGAUCGGCAAAAAAUGCGAAAUAACCCUUUAACCGUACAUUUGACAGAUACGCCCGCACUGACUUUUUUGUAGAUCUUAUUGAGAUACAUGUGUGUGUCAAUUUUUGUGUCAUUUUGACAAAGCGUACACGCGUGACAGUCAAUAGUGUGAAUUUUCACCUUAGGGGGCGCUAUGGAGCCAUUUUGCAUUUUCUUGUUUGGGCGACUUCGGAAUAUCAAAUUUUUCACCAGGCCCGGUCGUCCUGCCAAAUUUCAUGAGUUUUCGCCAGUGGGAAGUGGGCCAUUUUCCAGUUCAAAGGGGAGGAAAAAUAAUAAUAAUAACAAAAGAAGGAAACAUGCAGGAACAAGAGGGCUCUCGCAGCUGCUUAGCAGCUACGCUCGGGCCCUAACUAGGGCCCCGGUGGGGCACUGUCGGGCCCGAGCUGCGUCGCGCCGCCCCCAGUGCGACCGCCUCCCCGUCCCGAUCGAGUCACACUCAAGAACCAAAGAUGGUGUGCGCACUUGUCUGUGGUCAUUUCCCAUUAUAAUGAAUGGGAGGCGCAGUUUCUACCAAAACACUCGCUGCAGACAAACUUCAUGUCCUAUUUGAAAAAAGUCUGGACCAUGAGUGAGGGCACAAACACAGCUAUGAUAUAUCGAAAUUCCAGGUUGCUCCUCCUUACGGUGUUGCCUGGAGAGCGAUGCGAUUGAGCCAUUGAGCGACGGGCAGGAAAAACUUGACUUUUUCUCCUGCCAUGGGGGGGGGAUGUGGAUUCUUUUAAGAAUGUGGAUUUUUGGGUCAUCUUUGGCGCCCCCUAGAACGUAAACCGUGGGGUGCAGCGUCAUGAUUUUUACAACUUUGAAUGGCCAUGGGGUGUAGAUUGGCCUGAGCAAAUUUGGUGUCAGUGGGACGAAAGCCUUAGGAGGAGUUAGCCACAUUCCAAUGUGUGCGAAUCGGCAAAAAAUGCAAAAUAGCCCUUUAACCGUAGAUUUGACAGAUACGCGCGAAUUGACUUUUUUGUAUAUCUUAUUGAGAUACAUAUGUGUGUCAAUUUUUGUGUCAAUAUGAUAAAGCGUACAGGCGUGACAGUCAAUAGUGUGAAUUUCCACCUUAGGGGACAAGAAAAAAUUGACUUUUUUCUCCUGCCAUGGGGGGGCGCUCUUUUGGGGAGUAAAAAUUCCUUCACAAAUGUGUUGAUGGCUGGACAUUGCAUCAUCCUAGAAAACUUGGAGGCCAGUGAGGACAAAAAUAAAAAGUUAUAAGACUUUGAAAUAUGUGGAUUUUAGGGUUAUCUUUGGCGCCCCCUAGAACCUAAACCGUGGGAUGCAGCGUCAUGAUUUGAAUAACUUUUAAUGGCCAUGGGGUGUAGAUUGGCCUGAGCAAAUGUGGUGCCGGUGGAACGAAAGCCUUCGGAGGAGUUAGCGAAAUUCCAAUGUGUGCGGAUCGGCAAAAAAUGCGGAAUAACCCUUUAACCGUACAUUUGACAGAUACGCGCGCAUUGACUUUUUCGUAGAUCUUAUUGAGAUACAUGUGUGUGUCAAUUUUUGUGUCAUUUUGCCAAAGCGUACAGGUGUUACACUCAACAAUGUGUAUUUUCACCUUAGGGGACAAGAAAAAAUUGACUUUUUUCUCCUGCCAUGGGGGGGCGCUCUUUUGGGGAGUAAAAAUUCCUUCACAAAUGUGUUGAUGGCUGGACAUUGCAUCAUCCUAGAAAACUUGGAGGCCAGUGAGGGCAAAAAUAAAAAGUUAUAAGACUUUUAAAUAUGUGGAUCUUAGGGUUAUCUUUGGCGCCCCCUAGAACCUAAACCUUGGGGUGCAGCGUCAUGAUUUGAAUAACUUUUAAUGGCCAUGGGGUGUAGAUUGGCCUGAGCAAAUGUGGUGCCGGUGGAACGAAAGCCUUCGGAGGAGUUAGCGAAAUUCCAAUGUGUGCGGAUCGGCAAAAAAUGCGAAAUAACCCUUUAACCGUACAUUUGACAGAUACGCCCGCACUGACUUUUUUGUAGAUCUUACUGAGAUACAUGUGUGUGUCAAUUUUUGUGUCAUUUUGACAAAGCGUACAGGCGUGACAGUCAAUAGUGUGAAUUUUCACCUUAGGGGGCGCUAUGGAGCCAUUUUGCAUUUUCUUGUUUGGGCGACUUCGGAAUAUCAAAUUUUUCACCAGGCCCGGUCGUCCUGCCAAUUUUCAUGAGUUUUCGCGGGUGGGAAGUGGGCCAUUUUCCAGUUCAAAGGGGAGGAAAAAUAAUAACUAGGGCCCCGUUGGGGCACUGGCGGGCCCGAGCCGUGUCACGCCGCCCCCAGUGCGACCGCCUCCCCCACCCAAUCGCGUCACACUCAAGGUCCAAAGAUGGUGUGCGCACUUGUUUGUGGUCAUUUACCAUUAUAAUGAACGGGAGGCGCAGUUUCUACCAAAACGCUGGCUGCAGAAAAACUCCAUGUCCUAUUUGAAAAAAGUCUGGACCAUGAGUGAGGGCACAAACACAGCUAAGAUAUAUCCAAAUGGCAAGUUGCUCCUCCUUUCGCUUUUGCCGAGAGAGCAGUGCGUUUGAGCCAUUGAAUGAUGAACAGGAAAAACUUGACUUUAUUCUCCUGCCAUGGGGGGGCGCUCUUUUAAAGAGAAAAAACUCCUUCACAAAUGUGUUGAUGGCUGGACAUUGCAUCAUCCUAGAAAACAUGGAGGCCAGUGAGGACAAAAAUAAAAAGUUAUAAGACUUUUAAAUAUGUGGAUUUUAGGGUUAUCUUUGGCGCCCCCUAGAACCUAAACCGUGGGGUGCAGCGUCAUGAUUUGAAUAACUUUUAAUGGCCAUGGGGUGUAGAUUGGCCUGAGCAAAUGUGGUGCCGGUGGAACGAAAGCCUUCGGAGGAGUUAGCGAAAUUCCAAUGUGUGCGAAUCUGCAAAAAAUGCGAAAUAACCCUUUAACUGUACAUUUUACAGAUACGUGGCCAUUGACUUUUUCGAAGAUCUUAUUGAAAUACAUGUGUAUGUAAAAUUUUGUGUCAAUACGACAAAACAUACAGGCGUAGCACUCAACAAUGUGUAUUUUCACCUUAGUGGACAAGAAAAAAUGGACUUUUUUCUCCUGCCAUGGGGGGGCGCUCUUUUGGCGAGUAAAAAUUCCUUCACAAAUGUGUUGAUGGCUGGACAUUGCAUCAUCCUAGAAAACUUGGAGGCCAGUGGGGACAAAAAUAAAAAGUUAUAAGACUUUUAAAUAUGUGGAUUUUAGGGUUAUCUUUGGCGCCCCCUAGAACCUAAACCGUGGGGUGCAGCGUCAUGAUUUGAAUAACUUUUAAUUGCCAUGGGGUGUAGAUUGGCCUGAGCAAAUGUGGUGCCGGUGGAACGAAAGCCUUCGGAGGAGUUAGCGAAAUUCCAAUGUGUGCGGAUCGGCAAAAAAUGCGGAAUAACCCUUUAACCGUACAUUUGACAGAUACUCCCGCACUGACUUUUUUGUAGAUCUUAUUGAGAUACAUGUGUGUGUCAAUUUUUGUGUCAUUUUGACAAAGCGUACAGGCGUGACAGUCAAUAGUGUGAAUUUUCACCUUAGGGGGCGCUAUGGAGCCAUUUUGCAUUUUCUUGAUUGGGCGACUUCGGAAUAUCAAAUUUUUCACCAGGCCCGGUCGUCCUGCCAAAUUUCAUGAGUUUUCGCCAGUGGGAAGUGGGCCAUUUUCCAGUUCAAAGGGGAGGAAAAAUAAUAAUAACAAGAGGGCUCUCGCAGCUGCUUAGCAGCUACGCUCGGGCCCUAAUAAUAAUAACAAAAGAAGGAAACAUGCAGGAACAAGAGGGCUCUCGCAGCUGCUUAGCAGCUACGCUCGGGCCCUAAUAACAAAAGAAGGAAACAUGCAGGAACAAGAGGGCUCUCGCAGCUGCUUAGCAGCUACGCUCGGGCCCUAAAGAAAGAAAGAAAGAAACAAAGACUAGGACCCCGUUGGGGCACUGGCGGGCCCGAGCUGUGUCGCGUCCCCCCCCCCAACGCGCUGCCUCCCCGUCCUAUUCGCGUCCUCUGGCCAUCGCCCUCUCUGGUAACGCCCAUCACUGCAAAGACCCUUUUCCUUCAUCGGCGUUUGCUGUUCUUCCUGCCAGUGCUUGUUGCUUUCACUUACACUUGCCACAGCCAGCCUCGUGAGUGCCUAGCCUAUUGGAUAUCACUGUCACCUACACAGGACAUUCAUUACCUUUCUAUUAAUACUUUGUUUUUUAAUUUCACAUUAAUUUCCAUAUUGUAUAAACAACUGGAAAAAACUUGAGCCCCUGCCCCUGUAUAAUCAUGUGCACGUCUCUGUUCUAGCUCUAAGGUGAAUCUUCACUGCUCAUGUUCUCCUCAGAAGCAGUCACCUCACUCCCCUCAGGUUACUGUACACAUGCACCAACUGCCUGCUUCAGGUUUGGAUGGAGCUUCAUGGUUGUCUUUUGGAGAAAUGACCAGUCAAGUUGUGUUUGAAAUUUGAUUUUUUUCAGGGGCAAAAGGAGCCUCUGCAUUCUUGUCAAAUAUGUAAAUAGCAUGUUUUUGCAGGUGCUAAAAACCAGACUCUGAGUGUGUGUGUGUGCGUGUGCGUGUGCGUGUGUGUGUGUGUGUGUGUGUGUGUGUGCGUUCAAGUCACAUGACAUAUUUAACCGGAUGUAGCUGCAAGACGGAGCCUCGUUGACUCUCCGUUUCUCAACUUAUCUCAAAAGUGAGGACCUCAACCUAUAUACCAGUUUUUAAAUUGUGUUGAUAGGCCAAAUAAAACCAGAGUUAUGAUAAAUUAUGUCCGCGAUACUUGUUUUCUGCUUAUUUUGAUCACGUUCGGCGCUCGAUCGCGCUGUAUGAGACAGGAAAACAUAGCAUGCAGACAUUAGCGACAGGUCUUACAGGCGGAAAAGGCUUGCCAAAGGAAAAAAAAAACACACCACAACAUCUCUCCUAUUGGUGGAAAACUUCACCACAACAACCAAUCCAAAAUUAUAUGGUGACUGAUUGACAAGGGGCGGGCGCUUACGUUCUUCCUGCAAUAUGAGAAGGGAGGGAGGGACUCUCAGCAGGGAUGCAGUCUGGGACACGUAGUUGCAAACCUAGCGACUUUGUUGUUAGAUUCAAUGACUUUUCAGACCCCCUAACGACGUUUUUUUAGAAAGAAAGUGACUUUUAUCGACUUCUUCUGGAGUUUAGAGACUCUGACAUGAAGCAGGCUUUCCUUACUGAGGAGUUAGCAACGCUGCUAAGGGUGCAGAGCCACACAUGCGCUCCGAGCUCUGCAUGGGAGACUGAAGCUGACAGAGCUGCAGCAGUUAGCAGGUUUCACCCUCAGAGACCACCAGGGGUUCAUGUUGAGGCAUUUUCAGUUUGUUUUUUUUUUUUGCCAUAGACACUGUCAGCACAAUCUGCAGUUACACUAACAAAAAUGCUGCAAAAAACAAAGAAUUAUGGAAAAAUUACACAUGGACUGACAUAGAGGAGGAUCUACACAAGUUUUUUACAUCAUGUUUUACAUCAUGCAUCAUUUACAUCAUGUUUUUUUGUAGUGGCAUAAAUAAAAAGUGACAUUUGUGAGACUAUACAGUGUUUUGUAAAUAAUUUUACAAAGAACACCUGGGCCAUUGCCUGCAUUUUGAUGUAAAUAGAGGUAAAUUACUAUGUUCUUUGUUAAAAAUUUGCAUAUGUUUUGAAGUUUACAAUUUUUAUUUGAAGUUUAAGUUUUAAAAACAGUUCAUCACACAUAUUUGUGGUUUUCACAGUAAAAACGUUACUUUUUUCCACUCGGAUUUUAUGUUUUGUGUGUGAAUUUGGGUCCAAUGUGUAAAUAUAGUAUGUCAAAAUGAUAAAAUAACUGUAAAUUGACACAGGUGAGGUUGUGCUGAAAAAAAUGAUACCAGGCAAGGCAAGGUAAAAAUUUUGUAAGAGGAAAUAUAAAGGUAAAAUCUAAAGUAGUCAAAAACGGCCAAUAGUGACUCACAGACUCCACAGACAAGUCCCUUUGGCGCCACUCAGUGGGCAAAACUACUUUGUCUACUGUAAUGUAUAUUUGGGUCAUCUUUGGCGCCCCCUAAAACGUAAACCGUGGGGUGCCGCGUCAUGAUUUUUACAACUUUGAAUGGCCAUGGAGUGUAGAUUGGCCUGAGCAAAUUUGGUGUCAGUGGGACGAAAGCCUUAGGAGGAGUUAGCGAAAUUCCAAUAUGUGCGAAUCGGCAAAAAAUGCAAAAUCGCCCUUUUACCGUACAUUAUACAGAUACGCGCUCUUGACUUUUUCGUAGAUCUAAUUGAGAUACACAUGAUUGUCAAUUUUUGUGUCAUUUUGCCAAAGCGUACAGGCGUGACAGUCAACAAUGUGUAUUUUCACCUUAGGGGACAAGAAAAAAUGGACUUUUUUCUCCUGCCAUGGGGGGGCGCUCUUUUAGGGAGUAAAAAUUCCUUCACAAAUGUGUUGAUGGCUGGACAUUGCAUCAUCCUAGAAAACUUGGAGGCCAGUGAGGACAAAAAUAAAAAGUUAUAAGACUUUUAAAAAUUUGGAUUUUUGGGUUAUCUUUGGCGCCCCCUAGAACGUAAACCGUGGGGUGCAGCGUCAUGAUUUGAAUAACUUUUAAUGGCCAUGGGGUGUAAUUUGGCCUGAGCAAAUGUGGUGCCGGUGGAACGAAAGCCUUCGGAGAAGUUAGCGAAAUUCCAAUGUGUGCGAAUCGGCAAAAAAUGCGGAAUAACCCUUUAACCGUACAUUUGACAGAUACGCGCCCAUUGACUUUUUUGUAGAUCUUAUUGAGAUACAUGUGUGUGUCAAUUUUUGUGUCAUUUUGACAAAGCGUACAGGCGUGACACUCAACAAUGUGUAUUUUCACCUUAGGGGACAAGAAAAAAUGGACUUUUUUCUCCUGCCAUGGGGGGCGCUCUUUUGGGGAGUAAAAAUUCCUUCACAAAUGUGUUGAUGGCUGGACAUUGCAUCAUCCUAGAAAACUUGGAGGCCAGUGAGGACAAAAAUAAAAAGUUAUAAGACUUUGAAAUAUGUGGAUUUUAGUGUUAUCUUUGGCGCCCCCUAGAACCUAAACCGUGGGGUGCAGCGUCAUGAUUUGAAUAACUUUUAAUGGCCAUGGGGUGUAGAUUGGCCUGAGCAAAUGUGGUGCCGGUGGAACGAAAGCCUUCGGAGGAGUUAGCGAAAUUCCAAUGUGUGCGGAUCGGCAAAAAAUGCGCAAUAACCCUUUAACCGUACAUUUGACAGAUACGCCCGCACUGACUUUUUUGUAGAUCUUAUUGAGAUACAUGUGUGUGUCAAUUUUUGUGUCAUUUUGACAAAGCGUACAGGCGUCAGGUGAAUUUUUCACCUUAGGGGGCGCUAUGGAGCCAUUUUGCAUUUUCUUGUUUGGGCGACUUCGGAAUAUCAAAUUUUUCACCAGGCCCGGUCGUCCUGCCAAAUUUCAUGAGUUUUCGCCAGUGGGAAGUGGGCCAUUUUCCAGUUCAAAGGGGAGGAAAAAGAAAAAAGAAACAAAGAAAAACCCCUUGGGGAAUAAUAGGGCUCUCGCAGCUGCUUAGCAGCUACGCUCGGGCCCUAAUAAUAACAAAAGAAGGAAACUACAGGAACAAGAGGGCUCUCGCAGCUGCUUAGCAGCUACGCUCGGGCCCUAAGAAGAAUCCAUCAGGAAUAAUAGGGCUCUCGCAGCUGCUUAGCAGCUACGCUCGGGCCCUAAAGAAAGAAAGAAAGAAAGAAACAAAGAAAAACCACUUGGGGAAUAAUAGGGCUCUCGCAGCUGCUUAGCAGCUACGCUCGGGCCCUAAAAAGAAGGAAACUACAGGAACAAGAGGGCUCUCGCAGCUGCUUAGCAGCUACGCGCUCUUUGACUUUUUCGUAGAUCUAAUUGAGAUACACAUGAUUGUCAAUUUUUGUGUCAUUUUGACAAAGCGUUCAGGCGUGACACUCAACAAUGUGUAUUUUUAUGUAAGGGGACAAGAAAAAAUUGACUUUUUUCUCCUACCAUGGGGGGGCGCUCUUUUGGGGAGUAAAAAUUCCUUCACAAAUGUGUUGAUGGCUGGACAUUGCAUCAUCCUAGAAAACUUGGAGGCCAGUGAGGACAAAAAUAAAAAGUUAUAAAACAUUUAAGAAUGUGGAUUUUUGGGUUAUUUUUGGCGCCCCCUAGAACCUAAACCAUGGGGUGCAGCAUCAUGAUUUGAAUAACUUUUAAUGGCCAUGGGGUGUAGAUUGGCCUGAGCAAAUGUGGUGCCGGUGGAACGAAAGCCUUCGGAGGACUUAGCGAAAUUCCAAUGUGUGCGGAUCGGCAAAAAAUGCGGAAUAACCCUUUAACCGUACAUUUGACAGAUACGCGCGCAUUGACUUUUUCGUAGAUCUUAUUGAGAUACAUGUGUGUGUCAAUUUUUGUGUCAUUUUGCCAAAGCGUACAGGUGUUACACUCAACAAUGUGUAUUUUCACCUUAGGGGACAAGAAAAAAUGGACUUUUUUCUCCUGCCAUGGGGGGGCGCUCUUUUGGGGAGUAAAAAUUCCUUCACAAAUGUGUUGAUGGCUGGACAUUGCAUCAUCCUAGAAAACUUGGAGGCCAGUGAGGACAAAAAUAAAAAGUUAUAAGACUUUUAAAUAUGUGGAUUUUAGUGUUAUCUUUGGCGCCCCCUAGAACCUAAACCUUGGGGUGCAGCGUCAUGAUUUUGAUAACUUUUAAUGGCCACGGGGUGUAGAUUGGCCUGAGCAAAUGUGGUGCCGGUGGAACGAAAGCCUUCGGAGGAGUUAGCGAAAUUCCAAUAUGUGCGGAUCGGCAAAAAAUGCGAAAUAACCCUUUAACCGUAAUUUUGACAGAUACGGCCGCACUGACUUUUUUGUAGAUCUUAUUGAGAUACAUGUGUGUGUCAAUUUUUGUGUCAAUAUGACAAAGCGUACAGGCGUGACAGUCAAUAGUGUGAAUUUCCACCUUAGGGGGCGCUAUGGAGCCAUUUUGCAUUUUAUUGUUUGGGCGACUUCAGAAUAUCGAAUUUUUCACCAGGCCCGGUCGUCCUGCCAAAUUUCAUGAGUUUUCGCCAGUGGGAAGUGGGCCAUUUUCCAGUUCAAAGGGGAGGAAAAAGAAGAAAGAAAGAAAGAAAGAAAGAAACAAAGAAAAACCUCUUGGGGAAUAAUAGGGCCUACGCCCGGCUGCUCUGCAGCUGGCUCGGGCCCUAAGAAAGAAACAAAGAAAAACCUCUUGGGGAAUAAUAGGGCUCUCGCAGCUGCUUAGCAGCUACGCUCGGGCCCUAAGAAAGAAACAAAGAAAAACCACUUGGGGAAUAAUAGGGCUCUCGCAGCUGCUUAGCAGCUACGCUCGGAAAAGAAACAAAGAAAAACCACUUGGGGAAUAAUAGGGCUCUCGCAGCUGCUUAGCAGCUACGCUCGGGCCCUAAAAAAACAACUAGAUCAGUUAAUUGAAGGUAUUAAAAAAUUGGAUAAUGAUUACUCAGUAUCUCCUUCUCCUGAAACAUACAAAGAGAGGCUAAGUUUACAGAUGCAAUAUGAUUUGCUUACUACAGAAAAAACAGAGAAUAUGCUAAUACGCUCAAGGGGCCUCACGUAUGAACACGGUGAGAAGGCAGGCCGAUUACUAUCCCAUCAACUCAAGAAAGAGAGUGCUGCAAGAAACAUUCCCCAAAUUAAGAACUCAGAUGGCUUAUGUACAGUUAUUCCGACAGAAAUUAAUAACACUUUUAAAACCUUUUAUUCUGAUCUGUAUACUACUCGGUUCCCUGUGGACAUUUCUGAUAUGAUGAGCUUCCUUGGGGACCUCCAGUUUCCGAUUCUCCACGUCGAAAAAUAUGAAACUCUAGAACAGCCUUUAAGCUUGAAGGAGAUUGAAGACUCAAUUUUAGCAAUGCAAAAUGGGAAGGCUCCUGGCCCAGACGGCUAUCCAGUUGAAUUUUAUAAAAUAUUUUCUAAUAAACUAGCUCCACUCCUGUCGAAAAUGUACACUGACUCUCUUGGAAAGGGCCUCCUACCUCAAACACUUACAGAAGCAUCAAUUUCGCUUAUCCUAAAACCGGACAAAGACCCACUGAACUGUGGUUCAUACCGGCCCAUAUCUCUUUUAAAUGCUGACUACAAGAUUCUCGCGAAAAUAUUAGCUUCACGUAUGGAGACAGUCAUUAGUGACAUGAUCUCUGUAGACCAGACUGGUUUUAUCAGAGACCGUCAUUCCUCAUCCAAUAUUCGUCGUCUCCUCAAUGUUAUUCUCUCUCCUGCAUCCUCGUGGACCCCCGAGAUGGUGGUCUCCUUGGAUGCAGAGAAAGCUUUUGACAUGGUGGAGUGGAGUUACCUACUGGAGGUUCUCAAGAAGUUUGGUUUCGGUCCUAGGAUGAUCUCUCUCAUCUCACUUCUCUACUCGGCCCCUAAGGCGUCGGUCAGUACCAAUGGAAUGAAUUCACAGAUGUUUACGCUCUCUAGAGGCUGCAGACAAGGUUGCCCAGCAAGCCCCCUACUAUUCGCCCUGGCAAUCGAACCUCUCUCUAUUGCCCUUAAAUCAGCUCCUUUCUACCAGGGUAUUCGCAGGUGGGGAUUGGAAUAUAAAGUCUCUCUGUACGCAGAUGACUUAUUAAUAUAUAUAUCAGACCCAGUUUUCUCAGUGCCAAAGAUCAUUCAACUGUUGAAUAGAUUUGGUACUUUUUCGGGUUACAGAUUAAACUUUAAUAAAAGUGAAUGCUUUCCAAUAAACGACUUGGCUCGCAAAAUUCCAAGCAAUUCACUACCAUUUCGUACCUCUGAGAUUGGGUUUAAAUAUCUGGGGGUACUUAUCCGUAGAUCGCUAGAUGAUUUGUUUAGAGAUAAUAUCUUACCCCUUGUUGAGAAACUAAAAGUAGAUCUUCACAGGUGGGGACUUAUCAAUAUAUCACUGGCAGGGAGAGUGAACUGUAUUAAGAUGAACGUGUUACCUCGUUUUUUGUAUUUAUUUCAAGCCUUACCAGUCUUUAUUCCUAGAUCCUUUUUUUGUAAACUUGACUCAUUGUUGUCCUCAUUUAUCUGGGGGGACAAACCCUCAAGAAUUAAGAGAGAAUAUCUACAAAGAUCUAGGGUCGAAGGUGGUCUUGCGCUCCCUAAUUUUAAAUUUUACUAUUGGGCUGCUAACAUCUCUAAGAUAAUUUGCUGGUCCCAACACCCCGAUUUAGAUUGGUGCAAAAUUGAAGCCAACUCAUGUCUUAACACAUCUUUACUAGCCUUAACUACUACCAAAUUACCUAUUUUACCUAAACGUCACUCAGCUAACCCAAUUGUUGUGAGUACCUUACAGAUAUGGUCUCAAUUUAGAACCUUUUUCGGCCUCCGUGAACUUUCUCCCUACAGUCCUAUUUAUAAUAAUCACCUAUUUGCCCCCUCAAUUACAGACCCAAGCUACUUGACGUGGCACAGACUGGGCCUCUCUAGACUAUCAGAUCUCUAUAUUGACGGGAUUUUUGCAAAUUUUAGAGAACUAGCCAAUAAAUAUGAACUUCCGAAUUCUCACCUUUUUAGAUUUUUUCAAAUCCGUGACUUUGUUAAAACUCACAACCCUUCAUUCCCUAAUAAGCCUCCUAGUUCUGGAAUGGAACCUAUUCUAGAAGCUCCUGGACAAUUAAAAGGACUUUUGUCCUUUGUCUACAAAGUAAUCUCUUCUUUAAGAGCUACUACUGUAGACGGGAUCAGAUUGGGCUGGGAGGAAGAGUUUGGAGAACCAAUCGCAGAUGACACUUGGAAGCGGGCACAGACUCUAGUGAAUGGCAGUGCUUCGUGUGCCCGACUCAGCCUGAUACAACUGAAGGUCUUUCAUCGUUCCCAUUAUAGCAAAGCCAAAUUGGCUAGAAUAUACCCCACCCUGGAUGAUACUUGUGACAAAUGUCAAUUAUCCCAUGCAGAUUUAACUCAUAUGUUUUGGGCUUGUCCCUGUAUACAGACAUACUGGACUGACAUAUUCAGACACUUAUCUCAAAUGUUUAACAUUAAUCUACAACCCAGUCCAGAAUCAGCUAUUUUUGGGGUGCUGCCCAGAGAAUUAACUUAUAAUAGAACAACUCAAAAUGGUAUUGCUUUUCUGACACUGCUGGCAAGGAGGAAAAUCCUGCUAGAGUGGAAGUCUUCACACGCCCCCCAAUCACACUCCUGGCUUAAAGAUGUGAUGGCUUAUUUAAAAUUAGAGAAAAUUAAAUUUGAUUUACGGGGGUCACCAGGUGGUUUCACGUCCUCCUGGGGCCCCACUAUAAAUUACUUAAACAACUUGACAACUCUUUGAGAUCUGAGAUUGCCACCGUCACAUGCCACUCUGUCUCUUAACUUUCUCUUACCUUCUUUCUUGACCUUUUGUCUUACUUUACUUUACUAAAUUGCUCAUUUAUUAUUGCUAUUUCUCUUUUUUUUUCUUUUUUGGAGGGAGAGGGGGGAGGAUCAAGGGAAGAUAUAUACUUGAUAAACAUUCUUUUUGCUUUUUGAACAUGUACUGUAAAUUUAGACUAUCUAUGUACUGUCUUUGCAGUGGGUGAAGGUGGGAAGGUCCAGAGACUUGGGAGAUAGGGAGGGAGGGAGGGAGGGAGGGAGGGAAUGCUUAAUGUUCACUGUUAAAUGUUUGACCCAAACUUUGUCCUUUUGCUGUACCAAAUUCUGAGCCUUAGAGCUCUGUGUGUAUGUCGUGUUUGGAUUGUUGUCGUUUCUUUUUUUGGAAAAAGGAAAAACGAUACAUGAACAUCUGAAACAUUACACCUGUAACUCUGCUUUUCUACUCAUGUUGAAUAAAACUAAUGAUAAAAAAAAAAAAAAAAGUUUUAAAAACAGUUCAUCACACAUAUUUGUGGUUUUCACAGUAAAAACGUUACUUUUUUCCACUCGGAUUUUAUGUUUUGUGUGUGAAUUUGGGUCCAAUGUGUAAAUAUAGUAUGUCAAAAUGAUAAAAUAACUGUAAAUUGACACACCCUAAAGAAGAAGAAGGAGAAGAAGAAGAAGAAGAAGAGGAAGAAGAAGAAGAAGGAGAAGAAGAAGAAGAGGAAGAAGAAGAAGAAGAAGAAGAAGAAGGAGAAGAAGAAGAAGAAGAAGGAGAAGAAGAAAAAGAAGAAGAAGGAGAAGAAGAAGAAGAGGAAGAAGAAGAAGAAGAAGAGUUGUAUUUACGCCUCUGCUGUCAACACUCCGACAGACGCAGCGGCGGCGGCGGCGGCUCGCUCCGUCCGAUCCAGAAGUUUCCCUGGUUAAAUGUUGUCACUAGAUGGCGCUCUUGCAUACUUACAUUACUGUUCUGUCUAAGGUUGCACUGUGCGUGCAGAUGUGACAUCAUCACGCCGUAUGUGCGCCUUGUUAUGUUAUCGGAGGACCAGACACGGUCAGAGUGUUAACCUCUGACCUCAAAGGUUAAAGGUUAAGGGUCAGAAUAAGUCUUAAUAAUGAUCGGCAUAAACACCCGUCUAGAUUAUAAUCCAGUUUAUUUCGGACUGAGCUGGACUGGAUCAGAAUCUUCCGAUCUUCUUUGUUUCCAUGAUGUCAUUUUUAUUCCGAUCAGGUAUUGAUCAGGAUUAUUUGUGUAAAUGCAGCUGAUGAACACUCGUCUCUUCAUACUCUAUAGUUUCAUCUCUCUCUCUCUCCAGUCUUCAGACUCACUCUCCUGUGUUUCUCUCUCAGGUGUGUUGAAGGCCGUCGGUCACAUCAACGACACUCUGGGUCCCGCUCUGAUCGCCUCGGUAAGUUUUUAUAUUUAUGUUCUUAUCUCAGAAUUUCUCUGAUCUGCUCUGGAGGAUAUUUGGUCAAUUUCUGGGACAGUGUUAGAAAAGAGGAGAUCAGCGUUCAGAGUCACUGUGAUGGAAAUGAACUUCCUGAAUCUCAGUAGGAGGGCAGAAUAAAGAGCAGGAGGUUCACCUUUACUGACACUGAACCUGAACAUCAGAGGAGACACACCUGACCUCUCGACCUUCAGGUCUCCUCCUCACCACUGAAAUCAGAUUCAAACAUAUUUACACAGUUAUACACAGUUAUAGACUAAACCAGCUGAAGUAUCUGAUAAACUGGCGGCUGUUAGACGUCUGUUUUUUUUUUAUCGAACUUCUAGAUUCUGUAGAUUUUCAGAUGUAAUUUAGACGUCGCACUUUAACUCGUUAUUCAAUAACUAUUUAUUUCAAAAAGCAACUGUAAGUUUCAAAACCGAUCUCCAAGUUCUUCACCAAAAUAAUGAUGAUAGAAAGUUUAGAUAAAGCCCAGAUUUAGACCUGGUCUAGAUUUAGACGUCCAAAGAAACGUUAAUUUUUAGACCAGUGGUCCAGGAUAAGACGUCUAUUAGAGGAAAACCUGAACAAGUGGAAUUUAUCAAACAAACAUAAAAAAACAUGAGAUCAAGUUGAUUUAUCAGUUAAUGUGCAUCUGUGAUUUUUUACUGUCCUCACAACAGUUGUCAGUCAGUCUGUUUAUUUACUGUAAAUGAAAUAAUUCAGCGUGGAUUUAAAAUAACUGACCAUAACAGCAGGUCAAAGGUCAGUCAGACGACUCGCUGAGUUACAGCAGAAAAACAGGUUUUUAAUCCAGGCAACUGUGUGUGUGUGUGUGUGUGUGUGUGUGUGUGUGUGUGUGUCUGCAGGGUGUCAGCGUGGUGGAGCAGGAGCAGUUAGACAACAUGAUGAUCGAGAUGGACGGCACAGAAAACAAAUGUGAGUCUCAACAAGGUCAAAAAUCGCCUCAUUAGCGUCCGAACAGACCGACGCUCUUUGAUCAAAACAUCGUUAAUAAAAACGUCAAAAAGACGGAGAAAUGACACUCCUGACUUUGGCAGGAUCGACCUUAUUUCACUUCCUAAUAAAUAAGCUCACCCUUCAUUUAUUCGGAUCGACGGCGGUGCCGAACGGUCAUUUCAGGCUGCAGCGUAAACAGCAGGGGGCGUCACGGCGCCGGGAGAGAAAAACUGCAGCUGCUUGAAUGAACUCUCAGUCUGCCGGGUUUUACAUCCGUCCUCCUCAGAUCAGAGACUUUGUCCUCUCGGCUUAUCGAACACCCGAGACAAAGUCAUGGUAACUUUUCUUCUUCAGCCGCGGUCUGUAGUCAGGGCAGGUUUCUCUGACGAACUCGAACCACCUACGAUAUUUAGAGUUUCAUCGUUUCUUCCCUUUUCCUGUCCAACAGCUCAGUUUGGGGCCAACGCCAUCCUGGGAGUGUCUCUAGCCAUCUGUAAAGCCGGUGCGGCAGAGAAAGACGUCCCCCUGUACCGCCACAUAGCUGACCUGGCUGGAAACACGGAGCUGGUGCUGCCUGUUCCUGUAAGACGUUCAGGAUGAAGAACGCCGUUUUACCAUCAUGUUGAUGUUUACAAACACAGUUUAUAUAAGAGUGAAAACGGGACCAAGAGCGCCUCCCUGAGGAACGCCGUGUCUAAAUCUUCGUCUGUCCUUUCCUCCUCAGGCCUUCAACGUCAUCAAUGGAGGUUCUCAUGCAGGAAACAAACUGGCCAUGCAGGAGUUCAUGGUCCUCCCUGUCGGAGCCGAGUCCUUUAAGUAAGACCUGACCUCUGAUGUGAGAUGAUUGGUUUCUGUCCUCCGCCUCCCUGAUUGUCUCUGUGUCUCAGGGAGGCGUUGAGGAUAGGAUCGGAGCUCUAUCACACGCUGAAGGGAGUGAUCCAGGAGAAGUACGGACAGGACGCCACCAACGUGGGAGACGAGGGAGGGUUCGCCCCGAAUAUCCUGGAGAACAGUGAAGGUGAGUGUGGAGGAGAACAUCUACGUUUACAUUUCCCUGACCUCCUCACCUCUCUCCUCCCUCUCCUUCUGUCCUCAGCUCUGGACCUCCUGCAGACCGCCAUAGAGAAGGCCGGUUUCACGGAGAAAGUUGUGGUCGGAAUGGACGUCGCCGCAUCAGAAUUUUACCGUGACGGGAAGUACGAUCUGGACUUCAAAUCUCCACCUGACCCAGCGAGACACAUCUCAGGAGAGGAGCUGGCCGACAUCUACCAGGGCUUCGUCAACAACUACCCAGGUGGACGAUGGGUUUGUUUGUCGUUGUCUUCUGCGACAGAGAAACACAUUUAUUAAUCUUUUAUUCCAUCACAGUGGUUUCCAUCGAGGACCCCUUCGACCAGGAUGACUGGGAGGCCUGGUCCCGCCUGACGGCUCAGGUGGGGAUCCAGGUCGUGGGCGACGACCUGACGGUGACGAACCCAAAGAGGAUAGAGAAAGCUGCCGAGGAACGAGCCUGCAACUGCCUGCUGCUCAAAGUCAACCAGAUCGGCUCGGUCACUGAGGCCAUCCAGGCGUAGGUCCGCUUUGAUCUGAACCUUCACAGACACCCUCAUGGAGGACUUUUGACUUAUUUAGAGACCGGACCUCUGAGGCCCAUCUGUCUGGGCUUUAGGAGAUCAGUCUGUUGAGAUACACCUCAAAAAAAGGCAAACUAGCAGCACUGAAACCUUGACUCAGACUCGAGACUUGACUUUCAAACUUGUGGACUUCUUUCUCAGCUGGUCUCUUUGGCCUGUUACAGUCAGGAGCUAAACGCCGUUUACCAGGAUUGUCUGGUUUUCUCAGGCACAUGUCCCCCUCAGUUGGACCCAAACUGACUCCAUCCUUCUGCACGUGCUCCACAGUUUGAAUUUGGCGCUUUGGUCUAGAAGUAGAAAAGCAAAGGUGUGUCAGAGGAAGAGAAGCUGUAGUCUCAUCAGUAUGUGUUUGUCGAUUGUUUUGGUCUGUGACAGGAUCAGUCAGCUGAGAGAGUUUGAUCGUUCUGAGCAGCUGCAGAGGUGGACAUGCUCACCUGGAGCUCGUUAACAAGGAAGAGGACAGAAGUCCAAUUAAAACCCUUAAAGGUGUUGUAGUCAGGAUCUGAGUUAGUUCCAGUUUUUAGGAGAAAUCUUGAAUGUAAACUCUACCCCUCCCAACCAGUUUUCCCCUCAGCUCCUCCCCUCCCUCUCUUAAGCCCUGCCCACAAACAGACGCUCCUGCUCGCUCGUAUCGUUCCAAUUAAAUUCAGAUAUAAUGCAGAUAAAUCCUUCAGAUCAUUACAAAUGGGGCCCAGUCAAGGUGAAAGUCAAAAGCAUUGGUGCUACUGUAGAUGCCAACAGACUACCAGCAAACACAAUGUUUGCAGGACUUCUACAACGAGGAUAAAGUGACAUAGUCCAGGACCCGAGGGAGGACAGUUUAGCGAUGGCGCUACAACACGCUACAGCAGGUCCGUUUGACAAGAAACACUUCUGUUACAGACACUUGUCUUACUUUGUUAAAGCGGUUUACCUGUCCAGCAGAAAGGUUACAGGGUCACCAAGAUCCCCAAGCGUCCCCCAUGGUUUAUGUUGACCCGGCUUUUUAGCUCUUGUCCGGUCUACCUCUGUUUUAAGCGCCCGUUAUUCCUCCAGAGUCUCCGGUAUUUACUUUGUUUUCUUGCUUGUGUCGGCAGUCGUGGCCAAAGGAGGAUUCAGACAAUUUUCCGAACUUUCUGGUUGGUUUCUACUGUCCGAUAUUGUAGCACGCUAACUUUGUUUGGGCUCCUGAACGACACGGGGGAGCAGCGUCUGCCUCACAACCAAUCAGGUUAGAGGAGGUGGAGAACGUCUUUGUUUACAGUCAGAAAGAGCGGACCGCUCAAAAAUGUUCAAAUGUUGACGACACAGACAGAAGAGAACACAGAGAUAUCGAUAUAUUACCAAAUGUCAUCAAUAACUAAUAACUAUUGACUGAUAUUAGAAGAUUUUUAGUUUAUAAAACACAAAAUAAAAAGAUGUUUCUUUAACAGAUUCCUGACUACGACACCUUCACUGGAAAAUUCAUGUGGAGGUUCUGACUCAGAUUCAGCGCGGUGACUUUAUGGCGGGGGUAAAUUCUCGGCGAACGCUCUGACCUGCGGCGAUGAAACCGCUCCAGUUUGACGUAGAGCUUCUGAAUGUAGAAGCUUCAGAAUAAUUUAUUAGAGCGAUAACUCUGCCUGAUUAGGAGGUCAAACACAGAUCAUCACUGCCAGUCCAACAUGCUGUAAACAUGAUUCACACACUCAGAGGAGAAAACAUGGCCGCCCCGGGGAGGGGGCGGGGCUGAACUUGAGCGGGCUGAAGGAAAAGAAGAAGAAGGUCAUCUGUCUUGGCUGAGAAGAUGGAGAGGCCUUCAGGGAGAAGCAGAGAGAUCCUCGAUCAACACACACACACACACACACACACACACACACACACAGCAGCACGUUGUCACUCACAUCACUCUGUACCUGUCAGCCACGUUGACCUUGUGCCUGAGACAAGGAUCCGUACAGAGAUAAAUAUCGGCGAGGAAGUGACAGCAGGUUUUUGGUAGGGAGAUGAGCUGUCAAUCAAACCCUGCAGAGUUACACUCAUCGUUGUGUAUUUGUGCGGAGAUGUGUUCCUUCGUUAGUGUCAUCGAUCUCAGCCUUCAGCGAGGAGCGUCGCUCAGCGUUAUGAAGCGAUCCGUCCUGACAGCGUGGCGGGAUGAUAGCAGGAGGGCGUCAGAGAGACGGCGGUGAGAGAAACAGAGCUGCUGACAGGAAAGGUGACGCACUCUACCCGCCACAAUAAGAGCCCUGUGCAUCGUUAGUCUGAAACAGUCGAGGUAAGAGAGGGUGGGGUUGUUCAUCCUGGCCACCCCCACCUAUCUAUGUCCUCCAGUCGGGAUCCCCCCCCCCCGGUCAAAGAGCCUGGACACGCCCCUGCACAGUAACACAGAGAUGAAUAUUUGACCUGAGGAUUAUCUGAACCGUCGUCCUCACUGAGGUCGAAGAUACCAAACUGAGACAUCGAAUUAUUUUGAGACCCAGAGAUAGAUCCUUCCAGAACCAGAGCAGGACGCCGCUGUCUCUCUGUGAGGACGCGUUCUUUCAGGGUCAGACGAGUUUGAUUCACGAUAAAGACAUCUCCACAGGGACAGCGAAGACCCGGACCAUCGGGUUUUAUUUCAUCUGCAGCAUCGGAGAUUUUGUUUUCGUCAGGAAGUCGAAGUUGUCAGAGCUGAAAUCGACCACAAAGAGCGAGAUCAGAAAAAACAGGGUGUUAUCGAAGCACCGAGAACCUCUAACCUCCUGAGGUCUUCGGUUCGAUCAGCUGUUUGUGUUUUGGUCUAAAGUCUAAAGCGGUCCGUCUUUCUGUCUCUCAGGUGUAAACUGGCUCAGGCCAACGGCUGGGGUGUGAUGGUCAGCCAUCGUUCAGGAGAGACAGAGGACACCUUCAUCGCUGACCUGGUGGUCGGGCUCUGCACUGGACAGGUAUGAACCCCCCAAGAGGGUCUUCACGAGGACCUCCUCAGGGUUUGAAUAAAACAAAGUUAUUUUCUGAUCCUUGGACAGAUUCUCGAGAACACAAAUACAGACUGUUUGAUUUUGUGUUGCAGAUUAAGACCGGCGCCCCCUGCAGAUCUGAGAGACUCGCCAAGUACAACCAGCUGAUGAGGUCAGAGUAACAUCCGUUUUCUGACCUACGAACAAAACUCUUCAUCACAGCAUGAUCGGGUUUUUACUGACCGCUGUGUCAGAAGAAGACAUCGAGCUGGAGUCAGUGAGACGGUUUAUAGAGAGUAUAAACAAAAAUAAACAAGAAAAAACAGAUUUAAAAAAACAUGUUUUAUUUUUAUAUAUUAAAAAUACACAAAGGUGUGAAAACAUAAGUAAAAAAAAGUAUAAAAAACAGAUAAAAAAUAAAUAUAGGUAUAAAAAACAAGUUAAAAAGAAAACUUAUAAAAGGUUCAAAAUUAAUGUAUAAAAGUAUAAAAAACAGAUAUAAAAGUUACGAAACAAAUACGAUAUGAAAGUAUAAAAAAAAACAUAUAAAAGUUAAAAAAAUAAAAUAAAAGUAAAUCCAUCAGACGUUGACUCACUUUCAGUCUCAGCCCCGAGUGGCCAUUUGGGGAACUGCAUUUUUAUCUGCUGCAUAAAUCAAACUGCAGUCAAACUUUUACCAUCCUGAAAAUUUCAACAUUGUUUCCAAACUUUGUACUUUAGCCCUAACCCUUUCAAAGAUAAAAUCAACAGAACCUGCUUUAGUUUAUUGAUCGGGGACUGUGCGCUCAGACAUCGAUCAUCUGUAUAAAGGCUGAUCAGAGACUCAGGCGCAGACAACAGACAAGCAGACCCCAAAAAACAAGAUAAUAAUGUAAGCAGUGUGGAAAAGGCUUUUAAAACAGGACAACAAAAGAACUAAAUACACUAAAAGGAAAACUACCGUCUGGAUGGAAACUAUAACUAAGAACUUCUUCAAACUAAAAAUCACCGAAAACAAACGAAUUCAGAGAAACUCAAGAGUCUAAAACAAACUGAGGAAACUAACAGACGAGACAGGAAGCUGAAAAGAAAACUCACAAAAAAACAACUAAUAACCAGAACAAAACCGACCCAGAGAGCGAGGAGAGGAUCGGGGAGAGGAUCGGGGAGAGGAGGAGGCGGAGAGAGUUAACGGUCCAACAGGUGAGCGGGAUGAAGCCGGCAGGUCGGGCUGGAAACUGGGAUAAAAAAAAAAAACGAAUAUCCAGAGUGAAAGAAAAACAGGCAGCGAGGUCGAGUUCAGGAAAGUGUGUCAGAUCUGAGGAGUGGCUGCGCUCUGGUUUUAUGUCAGAGGUUGGAGAGUGACCUGCGACUGUCUGCUCAUCACACACCUCAACCACGCCCACAAAGACCUCAACCACGCCCACAAAGACCUCAACCACGCCCACCUGGGGAAAAGAGAGAAGGGGAGGCUGCUGCAGGACGUGACAAUCGAGUUACAGUAAAGAGAAGGUUUGACCAGAUUUUAGGACCCGUUGACUUCCAUCUUUAGACUGACAAUAAGACAACACUCUCUUUUUUUCGGCUCCAAAUCUGGCUGCAGCUUCGCCUCCUGUGGCGCCUCCUCAGUCUUAGAAUCACACGGCUGAUUGACAUGACGGCGGCAGCAGUGCCGGUGUCACCCCAUGUGUCCGAGCCAGUCAGCGGCAGGAGGAGGGGAGGAGGGGAGGAGGGGAGAGCUCAGUGCUGUCAUCCCAUAGGACUGCUGAGGAGACGCAAGAGGAGGAGGGCGGGACUUACAGGAGCUUUAAACGGCGGCAAACGCUAAUCAGUGCACACGUACGUGCACAGAGAGGAGUGAAGACGGGUUUGAUAUACAAGUGGGGACAUUUUUGAGUAGAUCUGAGGGUCCGGCAUGAAAACCAUGAAAACCAUGAAAACCAUGAAAACCCUCGUCUGAUUUUAAACCUCAAAAAAAAAACAUACUAACAGAGAAACCUGCUGAUUCAGGAAAAUAGAAGAAGAAGUGGAUAAUAAUUAAUCAAUUAAUAUGAUCAAUUAAUAUGAUCAAACUACUAUAAUCAUUAUUAUUAUGACUAACUGUGGUUCUUUCACUCGCCCUGAUCAAUGAUCAAUCAGAAUAAAGACGUGAUGAUCAUUUCCUGCCAUUUCCUUAUCUUAUCUCCUUUCCUUUCCUUCUCUCCUUUCCUUUCCUUUCCUUUCCUUUCCUUUCCUUUCCUUUCCUUUCCUUCUCUCCUUUCCUUUCCUUUCCUUGCAGGAUCGAGGAGGAGCUCGGCGACCAGGCACGUUUUGCAGGCCACAACUUCAGGAACCCCAGUGCCCUGUGAAGCCGGCAGACACAUGAAUGAUUCACACUCACACACACACACACACACACACACACACACACACACACACACACACACACACACACACACACACACACACGUUUAAGAGCCAUGUACAGUGAAUGAUCUCACAGAUUCAUGAAGUAGGAUAGAAUCAGAUCAAUUAUGCACUUGACGUCAAGAUUGGAGGUGAUGCUGUAUGCACACACACACACACACACACACACACACGCACGUAGAGUUCACAGAUAGGAAACAAACUCACACGCCUAGAGGGAGAACUUCAAAAUGCCAGACAUGCACUGUUACUGUAGUUUAAAGGGAUAGUUCUCGUCCAGCCGGGAGUCAAAUGAAGAUUAUUGUUGUAAAAACUGAGAUCAGUUAGUCCAGAUAUAAAAUAGACAAACUUCGACCGACGCACGCGACUGAAAGAGACUUUAAAAAAACACAAAAAAGAGAGAAAAGACCAAAAGAGGACGAUGCAGAAAGACACACAACAACAGCAGGGACAGAGUGACAGACGACAAACACACACCUGAACACGUCACUGACCUGCACUCUCACUUCUGUCCUCCUCCCUCCCUCUUUCAGUCUCCUUUUCUUCUUCUUCUUCUUCUUCUUCUUCUUCUUCUUCUUCUCGUCGUAUCCACACCUCUGUUUGGAUCCCUCCUCCACCUUCGCCCUGAUGUGAUUCUGAUUAUUUGUCAUUUCUGCCUGAAGUCCCGCCUCUGUCAGUGAGAAAAAAGAGCGAUCAGACCCUCGUCCCUUCGUUCCUUCUGUUCCUCCUGAAUGUCUUUAGAUUAGCUGUCAAUGAAAAAAACAAGAAAGAGAAUAAAAACGCUUGUCAUUGAAAAUAAUGUGAAAUAAAAAGAUGUUCAUUUACUAUUUCACUCACAGUUCA